GUUUGGAGUUGCGUGUUCAGCGGUGCGCUUCGGCUUCAGUUUAGCGGCUAAAGUUUGGACUUUUCUGUCUGUUUGUCUCUGACAUGGAGAGCGCGUGAAGCUCCGAACCGAGCGCGAGACCUUCAGGUAAGACAGAAGAAUGUGUGUAAAGUGUGUGUAAUGUGUGUACGCGUGACUCACCUGUUUCACUGCUGGUGGGCUGAUGGAGCCGCCGCAGCUGCUCAUCAACCGGUUGGAAAUCAGCUGUUAAUUAACUCUUAAUUAGCUGAUCAUAAUCGCUAAUGAGCCGGUGACGUCAGCAGGUUAAUGACGGUUAAUGAGGCUGAUGAAGACAGUGAGAAGAGGAGGCGGAGGAGGAGAGGGUCUGUGUCCGGAUGGAAGCUGCUGAUACUCCGCUUCAUUUUUCAGACUUCAAACUGUAAAAAAAGAACUGAACUGUUGGUUUUAGUUUAUUUUAAUGGUUUAAAAACUUAAAUCCUCUCUGAGAUAUGUAAACCGGGUUCUGAUAAAGUUUGGUUCUUGUUUUUAUCCAGAGGGAUGAUGGCAGGAGUCUUUUAGAGAAGAUGAUACAGAUCAAAAAACAUUUUCUGCCCAUUAAAGCCAACCAUGAAGAUAAACCUGAUGAAGUUCUUCUCCUCCUCCUCCUGAGGUUAAAUAAACCUUUUAGUGUUUUAAAGUCACUUGUUUAUUUCUUUAAAUGGUUCAAAUGAAUGUUCACGCAGGAUCUAAUGAGUGAAUUCAAACUGUCAGAGAGGUGGGGUGGUAAGGGGAGGAAGAGACAGGAAUUUCUGCAGGAAAGUGACACAAAAGAAACUUUAUUUCUCCUGAGGUGAACUCCUGUGAUGGACAGAGCUCUAAACUGACAAAAGACACAAAAACAACAGAGCAGGAGUUAAAACCAACAGCAGAGCGACAAGGAAAGUCCGCUGAAGUAGUACAGAAUGAGCCCCAGUGCACUGAAAUAUACAGAAAGAAGUGAAGGAGUAACAGUGCUCUGUCAGAGAUACUCUAACUCUGCACCUGUCCUUAUCAGAAACUUCAUCCUCUCUCAUGUUGGAGGAAACUCUCUCUGGACUCACAGUCACGCCAGGUGAGCAGAUGAAACAGAAAGUGAAAACACUUAAUGGCAGCAUCCAAAUGGCCAUGUCCAGUCAUGCAUGUGAGCCAUUUGUUUCCACGAAAGAGUCUAGGGUUUGGCUGUUUGGUGAGGUGACUAUAUUUCUAACCUCGAAACUGUACCGAUCACUGAUUGAAGCUUUGGUUGUAGGUGAAGAUGUGGUCCUGAGCAGCCUGUUGGAGCUGGUGGUGACCAUAGUUGGCCCCCUUUAAGUGGGCUGCACCAGCACCCACUGUUUGUUUGUUUAGUUUAUUAAGGCAUUGUAUGUUGGCAUGUCCACUGUGGGUGACUAAAGUAAAUACUUAAAGCAAAUUCAUCACCUGGGACUUUUUAAGUUAUAUUUUUGGGCAUUUUUGCCUUUAUCAGACAGGAAAGCUAAAGAGAGACAGGAAAUGUGGAGAGCAGAGAGUGGGGGAAGGGUCAUGGCUGGAAAUCAGACCACUGACCAGUGCAACAAGGACUGUGACCUCUAUACACAAGACCAUCAAUCAGGAUUACGAUAAAAGCUCUAGACGGUCAUAAAGAUAUGAUAAUCAAGGGUAAACAAUAAACUGCUGCCCUGUUACAUCCAUGCAUGAGGCACAACCUCCCUAACAUCUUUCAUCUGUGUGUCUGAAAAGCAGAGGGACGGAAUAAGGACAGAGAGAGUAACUGUAGAAAGCAGGAGUGGUACUGAGCUAAGACUGUCAGGCUAAACAUUGAGAGACAUGGUUCUGAAUCAGGGAAAGUUAAGGUUCUAAAGGAGGUUUUCUAAAAGCUCUUAUAGUUUGAAUGAUUUGUUGGAUCUGCAGCCUGAGCUAAAUCUGUAAGCGGUGAAAGAGCUGUAAUCCUCCCAUGACACAGUGUAAAAAUGAUGACUCUGGGUACCAUCAGUGCCCCACCUGUACCUUUUAUAGCGAGCUUGGACUCAUCUGAGGCUGAGAGCAUCACCUGGCCAUAAAGUUAGUUGGAUCUCUAAUUUCAGUUUAGCUACAACCGACUAUUUGGCCUGGAGUUACAUCCAGUUUACAGAGUCUGACUGAGACUGCCUGUAACUGAUCUGGGUCUGACCAUAUGUGUUCAUAUUUGCAAAACUGGACUUACCUCUAAAUCACCUCUAUCUUCCCUGCAGUCAAAUGUAGAAACUCUGUUUACCAGAGAGUAACACCACUGUCGGUGCUGCUCCUAAAACAGGAGUGGAGUGUAGACACGGUCCUACAUCAAUAACUAUGUUAAACCUGGGUCAUGUCUGAGACUAUAGCAUUUGCAGUAACUUCGUGAUGCUUUCACUAGCUCUGCUGCUGGUAUACAGAUUGCAAGGCAGGCUGCUCUCACAUCAGUACCUGCUGUCAUCAUUUCCUGCCCUAAGACCAGCCUGUGACACUGGACACUAACAUUUUUACCUCAGUGUCAACAGGCAGGGGGGAUGUAGGUUGGGUAUGUUGUGUUUGAGAGAGUUGUUAUUGCCAGGGAGAAAACUUACAGUUUGUUUUGGUGCAGGCAGUUUGAAUCAAGUGUUAGUCACAACUGCUGAUGCAGUUUUUAAAGAAGUGCAUCAACCUCCUGUUUGAGAUUAGACUGAUUCAGCGACCCUGACGAGUUCACUGAGUUGAUUUUCUUUGUGUUCAUGCAGGACGACCACCAGCACCAGUGUCCUCAUUGGCUGAGAACCAGCUGGAGGCGGAGUCAGACCAAAAGGGCUGCAAAGUGGGCGGGACGUCCUCUGAGGAGAAAUGCUGUUGACUUCCUGUUCUGCCCCCAGCAGCUUCACCUUGCUCUGGUAAAUAUGAAUGCAUAUAAUUAGAUAUUUAUGUAAAGAAACAGUUAUAAUACAGUGUUCAAAUCUGUGUUUAAAGUUGGAGUAUUGAACUUUUAUCAGCUGCAGAAGAUUAUCUGAUCAUCCACCUGAUAGCAGAUCUGUAGAUAAAAACCAGAGAAGGAUUCAGAUUAUCAAUGUCAAUAGCCAAUCUGUGAUCAGUCAGAGCUGCAGUUAUGAACAAACCAGGUGAAUCCUCUCAAAUAACAAGAAGGAAAGUCUGAGGACAUGUUCAACACACCAAAUUGAAUGAUGCUUUAAAUGUUGACAGUAUAACUCCAUCCCUGUGAAAACCCAUUGUGUUUUUAUUUAGUGUAGUCAGACAGAAUAUCAAAGUUCAGACAUUUAAGAUCUGUGAUCUUUCCUCCUCUGUGUGUCAGGACGUGGUCUGAUCUGUUAACAUUAGCAGUUUCCCAUCAUGUCUUGUCCUGAUUUUCAUAGAUUUUUUCUUUUUUUUCUGAAGCAUGUCAGAAUCAUAGACACCAAUGCAUGAGUGCAUGAAAUGUUUUACAAAAUCUCUAAAACAGACUUGAUAAUUGAAUUAUUCCUUGUUAAACACAGGAUAAAACAGUCAAAUACAGUGUAUUAUUCUAACUUUAUCUACAUUUGUGCCCUCGUCAUGCCACCGCUGGCAGAAAGGUUGGACACACCUGGCAGAAAGCUCACAGAGCUUAUUUGAAGCCUUCACCUAAACACAAUUUAAAAAAGAACACAAUAUUACAACAAAACAAAGAAACUUAAAGUUGACCAACAAAAAGUAAUAGAUAAGAAUUCUGAACAUAUAGUAACAUUAAAAACAUAUCAAAAGUAUGAAAACUUGAUUGUAAGAGUUUUAUGACUACCUGCAUGUCCAAAUAUGGUUGAGUGCAAGAUCUGACCUCACCUCGCCUGUAUUUUCACCACAAAAUGUAUCCAACAACAAGAUACUUGAAUUAAACAGAAAUAAGAUUAACAAGUAAAACAACACAACAAAGUUUAGUUAUCAGCUGCCAAAAGUUUCUUUGAACAUCUUAUGUAACAUUUCAGUCCAAUAAUUUUUUGGGAGUUGGGAAUAAUUGUUUCAUAAUUUGGUUCCCCUAUAUUUGAAUGUAAAUUGGCCUCUGCUCAUUAAACAUUUAGGAAGAUGAAGAUCUCUAGAGUGUAAAGUGUUGAAUGAUAAUGAACCUGAGAGGUUCAGGUUUUUUUAUGGUACCAGAAGAUUUUGAAUCUUUGUGCUGUCCCAGACAAUGUGAUCUCUUCAACUCAAAUUAUCAUCCACCAAAACUCCUAGGAAUCUUUUAGAUGAAACUUGUAGCAUUUCAACAGAAUCAAUUAAGAUUUUUGACAUAUCCCAAAUAGAAGGAUUUUUGCCACUAAAAGUUAUAAAGUUUGAUUUCUUUAUAUUUAAGUACAGUUCAGUAAAACAAUUUUACAUAAGCACUUAAACCAACAUUUGCACCAAUGAUGAGAAAUUUGAACAAGAGAAAACUUAGAAGGAAAACUAAGGAAACUGUCAUCUGCAAACAUGAUUGGUGAAAGAAUAUUUAAGACAUUUGACAUGUCAGUGAUAUAAAUCAGAAAUAAUUGUGGUUCUAGAAUGGACCCCUGUGGAACCCCACACAGAUGCCUAGCUUGGCCUGGAUGGCAUUCUUUAACACAAACAAAUUUACUUCUGUUUGAAAGAUGUUUGUUUAACCAGUUGUACGUAACAUUUUGAAAGUCGUAUCUAUGCAGCUGGUUUAGUAAAAAACAAUGAUUAACCUGGGGGGAAAGAGCCUUCUCAGUCGCAGCCCCCACCCUCUGGAACUCACUCCCACUCGAACUCAGAAACUGCACUGACCUCACCAGAUUCAAGACCCUUCUCAAAACUCACCUCUUCCGCACUGCCUUUCAUCUCCUCCCCCCCGGAUUUUACCAGAUUUUACAUGUUUUUAUUGAUAUUGUUGUAAAUUUUAUUGCUUAUUGAUGUGUGUUUUAUUGUUAUUGCUUAACUCAUGUACAGCGUCUUUGUGUUUUUGAAAAGCGCUUUACAAAUAAAAUGUAUUAUUAUUAUUAUUAACUGUAUCAAAAGCAUUUGAAAAAUCUAAGAAAAUACUACAACUAAACCAAUGUUUAUCAAAGGCAGAGCUAUCUUGUCCAGAAAGGUGAAGGAAAGCCGUGUAAGUUGAUUUUUUUUUCUGAAUCCACACUGAUGUUUAUGGAGAAUUGAAUUUGAGUCAAGAUGAGAUAUUAUUCUUUUGUGUUAAAUUUUUUAAAAACUAUUUUUGAAAAAAAGGGAAAGAUGGAUAUUGGCCGAUUAAAUUAGUCUGGGUCAUCAGCUUUAAAUACUGGAAUAAUUUUAGCAACUUUUUAAAUCAUCCGAUGUUACUCCUGCUAAGUUCUGACCAAUAUUAAAAAAAACAAAUCCUGAAAUUUUUUAGUUAUAUCCACUGGGUUAUUGAAGACAUUUUCACCAUAACUAAAGGCAGUGGUAACACUUGAGCUGUCUUUUCUCUCUGUAACACCUGAUUGAUAAUUUUCCAGGUAUUUUUAGUGUCAUUAGAACACCUUUUGAAAUAUUUCUUUUUGCAGUUCUGAUGGAAUUAACAAAUUUGUUCAAUAAGAUUUCUAGGCACCAUGGGUAAGGGGAGUAGUGAGUAACUUAAGUGAGUCAGCUCUAAACCAAGGCUUAUCAAGAUCUUGACUGUAUUUCUUAGAAGAACUGCCCAAUGGAAUGCCUUCAUCAAAAAUAGAACCUGUAACUUUCACAGAUUUUUGAUAAGCUAAAUUGGCUUUAUUUUCCCCAUAAACUUUGUCCAGUAAAUUAUAUCUAGCAUACCUUUAGAUUUAAAAAUAUUUGACUUACUCAUAAGUCUUUUGCACAUCGUUCUCUUAGUAUGAUUAGCUUAAUUGAAUGCUUUUGGAGAACACUGAAAUAUAGGAAAAUGAUCUGAGUACAAGAUCCCAGAUUUCAUUGCUUCAAAAAUAGAACUGUUUGAAAUGUUAUCAAGGUAAAACUUUUUGUUUCUCGUUGAAAAAUCACCUAAGAUAUAGCAGAGUUUGUCUCCCUUAUUUGUCGGUUAAAAAAACAAACUGAUAAACGUUCAUCAAAGUUUCUGAUAAGAGAGUCUGGUGAUGGAGAAACGACACCAACAAAAAUAUUUUUGUAAACAGGGACACUAGGGAACUUAACAAAAAUUGACUCUGCCCCAUCAGACAUCAGAGAAUGAUAAUCUCUAAUUUUAAAUUCAUGGUCACCAUAAAUAAACAGGGAUACUCCACCACCAGAACGAUUCUAUCUUACAUAGUGAACUGAACUGGAUUUAGGCAAUUUAAAAUGUCCUUAGACUCCUCUGUAAGCCGUUUCUGAUAAAGCAAUAACAGAGAAUUCAUGUUUUAAUGAAGAUAGAUAAUGAAUGUAGUUAUCAUAAUCACUCAAGGGACUCCUUAUUUUCAAAUGGAAAGUAAAGAAUUUGUCAGAGUUCAUGUAUCACACAAAUCAUUAAAUUGACUAUUAUCAUAAUAUUUACAAAAAUUAGAGAUAUCAAAAGAUGAAAAAUAACUAGUAUCAACAUUACCACGGUAAGGGUCAUAGGUAAAGGAAUCAAAAGGAUUAAAGAUCUGGGGCUCUAUUUUCGUGCCUCGCCGGAGACGUGCCGCAGGCGCGGCGUAAGUGAGGUCCGCCGCGCUGACAAGGCGUUCCCAAGCACAAUUUGGUAUUUUGGUGAGAGGCGCAGCCCGGCGUAAGUAUCCCCCCUCCCUAACUCAGCUCCUCCUGGCGGCGUAAGUCGUGGCAAGGGAGGAGAAAGGGCGUGGAGUGGGUUUAACCCAGCCGAGACCUGUUUUCACCAAUCACAUCAGCUCCUCUCCUUGCCUUUAAAUCCGCCACCGGCAAGGUGUAUUACUAUUUUCAUGAAGUAGUCAAAGAGAUCAAGAGAUGUCUGAAGACAGUAAUGCCACAAAAUGGCGACAUAAAGCAGCUCCGCAACAAGUGUCACUGUAAGCGCUGCAUUGGGCGUCCUCCACACUCUCUCAUAUGAGCACAGAUGGAUUUGGUGUGUGUAAUGUUGGACCCACUGGUAAGACAAACACCCUUUUCCACAAAUAAAGACACUCACAUAAAGUUGCACAUAUACAAACCUCACGUGACAAAGGUGGGUUGAGCGCACAGAUCACAACAUAAACUCCAAAAAUGGCAUUAAAAUCGGAACCAUCUGUGCGUAAAUGACGCAUCGCGCUCUGUGGCCUGGCUCUUUCUUUCAUAGAUGUUGGCAUAUAAAAUAAAUUUGGCUCAAAAAACGGAAUAUUAUAAUAUCCGUAUGUAGGCGUAAAGUAGAUAACUCAUCUGAGCACUGAAACAAAUCAUCUGUUCAGCCGCUGCAGCUGGAACAGGACGGAGAGAGGACACGGAGACAUGUCCAGGUCGAGCUGCGCGAGAAAUAAGAGGAAGAGGAAGAAAGAAAAGGAGGGAGACGAAUCACAUAUCUUGUUAACUUCAUCAUCUGUGUUUAUUUACUAGAUAUUUAAUUUAAUUUAAGGCGGUUUCAGCUGUGUUGAUUCGGUUGGGUUGUGUGUCCAAACGCGUGCCAAACGCGCUCAUCAGAUCAGAUAUAGAUCAGAAUAUAUCUAUAGAUCUAAAUGUAUUUGCUGACUCAGAUUAUUAGUUGUUGAUGAUUAUUUAUUGCACUGAAAUGUGCCUGGCACUGUGGAAACCUGCCUGUGAGGCAUCCGUGACGUAUGCCGAUACGCCGCCAGUCUACCAAAAUACCUCUAGACCAGCUGCGCUCCUCCUGCGCUGAAAGCUGACCAGGUUUGAAUCGGCGAGCUUUCAGCGCACUUAACACGCCGGUGGCGAGCACGAAAAUGUCACUGCGCCCGCUGAUUCUGUCGACACCGCCCCCUGCCUCGCCACCACGCCCAGCUUGGCGGAUCUCGGUUCGCCUCCGUGCGCCUCAGUCCACGAAAAUACCAAACUGGCUGUACGCCGGGCUCCGCCAGACGAAAAUACAACUGCGCGGGGUCCGUCACCCUCCGCCACCUCACCGGCGAGGCACGAAAAUAGAGCCCCUGGCCUGCAAAAUCUAAUUUUCUGUAAAUCAACACUGAGCAUAAAACAAAAGUGCUGUGUACUUAAGUAGGCUGAGUAACCAUAAGUGCAUAGCGGAACCUAAUUUGCUGAUAUUUGUAAGUUCACUGAGUUUCUUUUGGUGGUUUUUGGACAGGAGGAUGGACAAUAAGUUUGUCAUAUCUGAAGUAUACAAUGGCACUUCUCUGCUGAGCUGCCUUCAACCGCCUCAGGAAAGUCUCCAUUGAUAAAGGUGUCUGAGUUCUUCAAAUUCUUAGUUUUGUCAAGAACAGCCAGUUUGUUCAUCUGUCUCAGGUAUCUGACCACCGUGGGUCAGGGUUUCUCAGAUGAUGACAUUGACUUCCUAGCCCUGUAAGCCCAAUCCAGCUCUAUUUUCAGAUGAUCCAGCUGUAGCUCCUCACAGAAUAGUUUUCUCACUUUUUCCUCAGAAUCAGAUGCCCUUUCGUUUCCAGUCUCUUUAAUGCCUUCUACAACAAUAUUAUGGUGUCUGGACUUCUCCUGCAAAUGUUCAGUCUUUUACUGAGAGCAGGCUCUUGCAGAUUGUGUCCAAGUCUGACCUUGUUUCUACUCAGCUUUUGGACCAAGCGUAACUUGCAAUUUUAAAGUUGUCAAACUCCUUUUGAGUCAUUUCCAGAUUCACCUCGAGAUCAUAGACUUCCUUUGAUAGCUCAUCAAUUCUCUUGUUUGAAGAGUCUAAAAUGAUCUGCACACAUGCUUUGAAACUUCUUUCCUGUCAGUCUAGCAAAGUUCUGUAGAGUCUUUUUGCUGGUCCAACAUUUCAUGCGGUUGAGACACGCUGAUGUAUUCCUCAGUGGAGUUGUUGGCUUUGGGUGGCAUGGUGCGAAAAUCAAGGCCUACUCUGCAACACAGUUCAGAAAAGCAAAUCAAAAACCUCUGCAAGAUAGUGAAAGAUAAAUGCAAAUUUACUGAAGAGAGUUAGUUUAUCCCCUUCUUACCCAGUGUAGAACAAAAAACAAACAAAACAAAAAAAAAAACAAAAAAAUGAGGUUUAGGCAGGAUUCCUCAGAUUCCUCACACAGGGGAUUGAAAACUAGUCAGACUUAGAGAGAAACACAGCAGCCCGAUAUCGAUAUUUCAUUGUCAUAAAAAAAAAAAGUUUGUGUCACUGAUGUGUCGGCUCUACUGCAAACCAGUGUUUAGGACUGGUACCACAGAGCAUUGCAAACACUCAGUGCUAGGUAUGUCUCAGCCAGUGGCGAUUGCUUUAAGACUGCAAGGGAAGCCCAGCUUCCCUUAAAAUGUCACCCCCCCAAAAAAAAGAAAAAGUGGUGAAAUACGUACUGCUGUGUGUACAUUUCAUUAACUAAAUACGCGCUAGAAAGCCUUCAUCUUUUGUUCAGAAUCAGCUUCUUAUCACACUGUGGUAAGAAGCUGAUUCUGCACAACUUCGUUCUCAUUCAUCCUCGCAGCGCCUCAGCGCUUUAAACAGCCGGACGCUGGGCUUCUGCUGACUUCAAUGUGGAAGCUCAAAGUGGGUUGUUCCAGCAGCGAAACUAGACGCUCAUUGGAUAAAUGCUGGGCUUUGUCCCGCCCAUCGGACGCUCAGCUUCACUGGAGUUCUAUGGCGAGAGGGCGGUCCCGACUGUCUCCCGGACUCCGAGCUUCUGCAUCCAUGAUUGGAUGAGCUGUCUGAGGCGAAAUCCUUGUUUGAUUGACAGCUAAACAAGCGAAUCAGCGAUCUUGAAGAAUAAAACAUCUACUAAAGCAUUUUCCAAGUUAUUCAUUCCGUUGUUCUUAACUGUUUCGGAGACUUUACCGAUCCUCAGCGACUUUUGUCUUUGUUAAGAACAACUGCCGUUGUGUUUGGCGACUCUUUCCUGUUACAUACAAAUAAACAAACACAAUUAUGAUGUAGGCCAGAAAAAUGAGCUUCCCCUCCUUGAAAGACCAGCAGCCGCCACUGGUCUCAGCCCACGGCGUAGCUGAGGCACUGCAGAAGUUACUAACUCUAAGGCUCGAGAGCCAAAAAUACCAAAAUGUGACCUAAACUAAACAGGAUUUUUGUUUCAGGACUAGAUCACAGACUAGAUCUAAAGACUGGAUCUGAAACAUCUUUAUACGUAACAUCCUAUUGAAUGUCCCUUAGGGGAUUAAUAAAGUUCUUCUCUUACUGACAGGUACUGAUGAAACAAGUCAGAACAAAGUCUUCAAUAUUCAGAACACACCUAAAAACAUUGUUCAGACCAUCAAAACCACCAGAUACUGUAAAUAUAUAAACUGUAGCACUCUUAUUGAUUCUUAAUGUUGAAUCUCACCUGGAACAUGGCACUCAGAGGAGACAGAGAGUCUGUCCUUCAGGUCAUAGAGAUCACCUGCUGACUGACUUGCCUAUGUGCUUCCUCCUCCAGGUGCCUUCUGAUGACAUCUCCUCUGGCUGUUCUCGGGGUGAGUUCACCUCUAUAUGCUGGACUUUUACUGUGAAUGUGUCUCAGUUUAACAGGAAAUUUUGAACAUAAAUCUUGUGAAUCAGCGUCGAGUCUGUUCCUGACUGACUCCGGUGGUUCUCAGGAAAAUGUUCUAGGUUGAGGAUCUGAUGGUUGAUUUGUGUGCACUUGACCGUUUUGUCAGCUUUGACUGUUUGGUCCUGUGUUUGUUUCUGUGCAGAGAUUUGUGGGUGUGGGGUAGGUUCCUAAAUCUGUGCAGCACUGAGAACAGGAGAUUAAUUUCCCAUAAAUCUGGCUGUUGUGACUCGACUUAGAAGUAUUUAAUAAAAGAAUGUGAUAUUUGGGCAGCAUUUCCAGGCAGCUGCUCUCCAGUUUUCUGCUCUCAGAGCUGAAGGUGUCAGACUUGUGAAUUAAGCAGGUUUGAGGAGAGAGCUGAGAUCAAAUGUCUUCAGCAGCUGUGUGUGCUGCUCACUCUCUUUGUAAAAGCUUGAAAUGAAGGACUGAAGAUCUGAAAUGUGUGGACAUGAUGUGCAGAGUCAGUGGGAGUGUCAGAGAGUCCAAGAAAGAAAGGUACUGAAGAACAGCAGUUUUCAACAACGACCAAGAGGAUUAUGAGACACUCAAUAAGAAGAGAUUUGCGUUUAUAAGACUAUUAUUAAGAUUUAAACUCUAAGCCUGUUUUGAAACCGAGUUAACUGGAUCAUCUGAGUGGUCCAAACAGGUGUCUCUGCAGGCCCAUGGAGAGUCAGCUCCUGGAUCUGGCUGGGCACACAUCCUGCAUCCCUAAAGGAAAAUUAAUUUGUGAGGACGCAGUAAACCCACUUUGUGAUGAGGACAAAGGCUGCAGCUCAGGACCUCCAGUCUCCUGUGCUUUGGUCUGUAACUUUGACUGCAGUCUGACUAAUGUACGUUCAAAGUGAGAUUGCCUCACGCUGAAAAAAAAAUGAAUUUUCUGAAGUUAUUCACUGUAAAACUUUUAAGCUCUACAUGUGGUUAGUAAGUUUGUUGUUGCCAAUGGAGUUGAUUUUUAUUUGCCACAGAGCUUCCUGCACAGUACUGAUUCCCUGAAGAUGCAGGAGUUGUGCACAGAACCCGUACACUUUGUCUCAAGGCUAGUGACCAUCAUCUGAUGGUCACGUCAUCUGUAGACACAUUUGGGGUUAAGAGGAGUUUUCUAAUCUGCUUCAAUAAAUUCUAAAUGAUGACUGAUAUACUGCAUGAAACUUGAACUUGGAGCUUGGCAAAUAUUAGUGCAUUGCUUAGACUUCAUGCUACUUGAAUAUUGAGGCUGUGGAAGCUUUUGAGGUUUACAUAGUCUGCCUCACUUGGCCGCAGACUGGCUGUGAUGGGGAUGUGUGUGCAGUCUAUGGCCUCGAAAAGGGAGGAUUCAAUAUCAAAAUGCAAACAUAGAAAAGUAUCAUACAGUGCAUCCGUAAAGUAUUCAUGCCACUUCACUUUUUCUACAUUUUGUUAUGUUACAGCCUUAUUCCAAAAUGGAUUAAAUAAAAACUUUUUUUAGAACAUUUUGCAAAUUUAUUUAAAAUAAGACACUCAAAUGUUGCAUAUACAUAAGUAUUCACACCCUUUGCUAUAAAACUCAAAAUUGAGCUCAGGUGCAGCCUUUUUCCACUGAUCAGCCUUGAAAUGUUCCUCCAACUUGAUUGCAGUCCACCUGUGGCAAAUUCAGCUGAUUGGACAUGAUUUGGAGAGCCACACCUGUCUAUCUAAGAUCCCACAGCUGACAGAGCAUGUCAGAGCACAAACCAAGCCAAGUCGAAAGAAUUGUCUGUAGACCUCCGAAACAGGGUUGUAUCGGUGCACAGAUCUGGGGAAGGUUACAGAAAAAUAUCUGCUGCAUUGAAGAUCCCAAAAAGCACAGUGGUCUCCAUCAUUAAGAAAUGGAAGAUGUUUGGAACCACCAGGACUCUUCCUAGAGCUGGCCGCCCAGCCAAAAUGAGCAAGCGGGGGAGAAGGGCAUCGGUCAGGGAGGUGACCAAGAACCCGAUGGUCACUCUGACAGAGCUCCAGCGUUCCUCUGCGGUCGACAGGAAGGGAGAAAAAAGUAUGCAAUCCUGCGAGUCAUGGCAACACCGAGUCUGGAGAGAAAGACUGUGUUGUCAAACUCUUAAAAAGAUAAGCUUCCAGUCGUGAAGUCUAACUUUAUCAACAAUAUCAAAAAAUGUCCUGUUCUUGGAAAAUCUCCAUUCUCCAUAAUGACAGAAACUUCGACUCGACGCACGCUUUUUGUACAAAGCUCUGAACCUUUCAAAAAUAAUGCUGUCACACUGAGCAGGAACCAGACUGAGACUGAGACCACAUCUUUUGGUCAGACCAAGGUCUUGCUGUUUGGUCCGGACCAAGGUCCUGGGGAGGUUUUACACCUAUCAUUUUGGUUCAGACCAAACAGAAAAGUCCGUAAAUCCAGACCCAAAGAUGUAGCUGUGAAAGCCCCGAAGUUGAAAAAAUCUUUUAAUUCCUUCCUUUAUUUAGAGACAAUCACAUCAGCACUCCCCAGUUUUUAGGGUCUCUGUGGCUCACCAGAUUCAGGUGAUUGGUGGACUCAGGUUGGACAGCCUGUCUGUGACUGUCAAUGGGCGUCCCUCAGGGAUCUGUCCUCAGUCCUCUGGUCUUUACUGUUGCAGCUGGAAGAGAAGAGGCGUGUGUAGAGGAGACUGUGAUGGAGGGAUAACAAACAGAUAAUGCGGAAAUGACCCUGCAGAGGUGUGGAAACUUUGCUCUCCAUCCGUUUAAAGGUUGUCAGGUUCAGACUGUCAGUGAACAGCAGCUUAAUGGGCCAAUCAGCUGCUUCUGUGUCUGUUCAGCCAGUCAUUGAUGGUGGGAUGAUGAAUGGUGGAUGGAGGAGUAAAAGAAGACACUGGGAGCUGGUGGGAGAACAGAUGGAAAGAGGCUGGAGGUUGCAGGAGGAUGGAGUGAGUGCAGACGGGUCCAGCAGAUAGAGCAGUGAUGGAGGGUAAAUGGAGGACUGAUGGAGGAAGGAUGGUGUGAUUAUAGACUUUCAGGUCGUGACAGCAGAUAGAGCGAUAGCCACAUUCCUGCUGCUGAUAGCCACGCCUGACUGGUAACCUGGUUUACACAACGCUGCAGGAAUGUGGCAGCUACACAAACACUGCUGCAUGCUGGGAAACUCACCGUCUGGGGCCCAUGAAAAAAAAAAAAAAAAAAAAAAAACAGGCUCGGUACAACGGGGACACUCAGGGUGGGACAUUUGAAGGGGGCCGGCCAGCGCUCCCUCCUUUUAACAGCCUGAUUUACUUGAUGUCCCCUCACAGCACCCGUAUUUGAAACCUCUACGCCUUUUACACACAUUCACCUCUUCAAAUACAAACUACUCAGCUGACUGUGAACAUCAUUUUUUAUAGACCACACUUGACAGUAACUCUUUUCAAAGUCUUUUCAAAUCUGGACCCUGUUUCCUCACAUUAAGGUCUUCUGAGGACCAGCAGGUCUGGAUGUUUGGUAACUGCCCGAGUAGGUUGCUGUGUAAGCAGCUAUAAUACAGGCUCUGGUGGCUGGGCGUGACCUCCAAGUUCAGGCUUUGAUUUUUUUUUUUUUGACCCUUCAUUGGACCUACUAAUUAAAAUAGAGCCAAUUCAAAAAUCAAGAAAUAACAAUAUUCAAUCAAUUUAUCAAUCUUUAUUUGUUCACUCUGUUUACAAAGACCCAGGACUCUAUUUUCGUUCGCGCCGGUGAGGCGGCGGAGGGCGGCGAGCCCCGCGCAGUUGUAUUUUCGUCUGGCGGAGCCCGGCGUAAGGCCACUUUGGUAUUUUCGUGGACUGAGCCGCACGGAGGCGAGCCGAGAUCCGCCAAGCUGGGCGUGGUGGCGUGACAGGGGGAGGUGUCGACAGAAUCAGCAGGCGCAGUGACAUUUUCGUGCUCGUAAAGUGCGCUGAAAGCUCGCCGAUUCAAACCUGGUCAGCUUUCAGCGCAAGGCGGAACGCAGCUGGUCUAGUAGUAUUUUGGUAGACCGGCGGCGUAUCGAUGUACGUCACUGAUGCCUCACCGGCAGGUUUCCACAGUGUCAGGCACAUUUCAGUGCAAUAAAUAAUCAUCAACAACUAAUAAUCUGAGUCAGCACAUACAUUUAGAUCUAUAUCGAUAUAUUCUGAUCUAUAUCUGAUCUGAUGAGCGCGUUUGGCACGUGUUUGGACACACAACCUGACCGAAUCAACACAGCUGAAACCGCAUCAAAUUAAAUUAAAUAUCUAGUAAAUAAACACACAUGAUGAAGUUAACAAGAUAUGUAAUUCGUCUCCCUCCUUUUCUUUCUUCCUCUUCCUCUUAUUUCUCGCGCAGCUCGACCUGGACACGUCUCCGUGUCCUCUGUCCGUCUUGCUGCUGCUGCGGCUGAACAGAUGAUUUGUUUCAGCGCUCAGAUGCGUGAUCUACUUUAAGCCGACAUACGGAUAUUAUAAUAUUCAGUUUUGUGAGCCAAAUGUAUUUUAUAUGCCAACAUUUAUGAAAGAAAGAGCCAGGCCACGGAGCGCGAUGCGUCAUUUACGCACAGAUGGUUCCGAUUUUAAUGCCAUUUUUGGAGUUUAUGUUGUGAUCUGUGCGCUCAACCCACCUUUGUCAUGUGGGGUUUGAAUAUAUGCAACUUUAUGUGAGUGUCUUUAUUUGUGGAAAAGGGUGUUUGUCUUACCAGUGGGUCCAACAUUACGCACACCAAAUCCAUCUGUGCUCAUAUGAGAGAGUGUGGAGGACACUUGUUGAGGAGCUGCCCUCUGUCGCCAUCGUGUGGCAUAACUGUCUUCAGACAUCUCUUGAUCUCUUUGACUACUUCAUGAAAAUAGUAAUAUGCCUCGCCGGUGGCGGAUUUAAAGGCAAGGAGAGGAGCUGAUGUGAUUGGUGAAAACAGGUCUCGGCUGUGUUAAACCCACUACACGCCCUCUCUCCUCCCCGUCUACGACUUAUGCUGCUGGGAGGAGCUGAGUUAGGGAGGGGGGAUACUUACGCCGGGCUGCGCGGCUCACCAAAAUACCAAAUUGUGCUUGGGAACGCCUUGUCAGCGCGGCGGAUCUGAUUGACGCUGCGCUUGCGGCAUGUCUCCGGCAAGGCACCAAAAUAGAGCCCCCAAUGAGAAGACAGGAUCAGAUUGAACCCCAUUCUCCAAGAUCAGACCCACUCUGAUCCAUUGUAACCCACCAUGAGUGAAACACUUGUCAGCAUUUAUCAAAAUACAGUGGAGAGGCAGAACAGGCAGAAACCUCAUGCAGAACCAGACUAAUGUUAGACAGUCAUCUCCUAUGACUUAGCUGGGUUUAGAGCGAGAGAGAGGGAGAUGGAGAAAGACAGAGAUGGACAGAGGAGAGACUGAUAGGUAGGUUUUAGCUGGUAUAUUUGUUACUGGUCAAUUUAAUUUUGGCUCACGAUAUUUCAGUAGCUUGGACAAACUCUGUUUUAAUGGAGUUAAAAUGACUUUUUUUUAAUGGUCAGAUGUGACAUUUGUUUUAGGUAAAGGAGAAAAGUAAAGUUGUUGGACAGAAUAACACAUUACUCCAUUAAAAUGAUGUUUAAAAAUGGCUCCAAGGUGAGAUUUUUUUUUUUUAUGUCUGUGAAUAUUUCAACUUUGAUGUGUUGUGUAGACCAGAUUUCAGUGGUAAAUCUGUUUCUAUCACAAGAUCAUAAGAUCCAUCACACAUUAACACAGCAGUCCCUCAUUAACACACCUGUCUCCUCUUAUCCACAUAGACACACUUGUGUUCAUCAAGCUACAGCUUUCACAGGAGCUCAUCACACCACACCACUGUUUUACGGAGAUCUGAUUUAAAAUAACGGAGGAAACGUGACCUCAAAAAAUAUAAAAUGUCCUAAACUCUGUCCACCACACAUCCGAGCAGAGACAUAACUGAUCAAACCUUCAGGAAAUAUUUCUUACCUUCACUCAGUCUAAACUAGUCAGCAUUAUCAGUCAUCCAGCUCCAGCAGUUUAAUAAUCCACCGAUAUUAUUUACAUCCCAUUUCUCAUGGUCAGCGCGUUUCAUCCAUUUUCAUUGUGUGAAAAAAAGUUUUAGCUCGCUUUAGCUUCAGGUGUCCUGAUAGAGACCGACAGCAGGAGCAUCACUGGACUUGGUACCGAGUCCAGACCACAGGUCCAGACAGGCCGUGACUAACUCACCACGUCAGAACCGUGACACGUUCCGUGUCCUGGUGGAAGAGGACCAGGAGUAAAAUCACUGAGCCGGCCGACCCGAAAUAGCGCUAAAAAACUUUUUUUUUUUUUGUGAAUGGAUGAGAUGCUGACCGCGAGGUUGUAAACAGAAUUCAAACAGGAAUAAUCUCGGUAGAUUAUUAACCUGUUGGUGUUGGAUGACCGAUAAUGCUGACUGUUUUAGACACCAGAGUGAAGGUAAGAAAUUUUUUUCCCUCCAUUGUUUUAUGUCAGAUCUCAGUUAAACAGUGGCAUGGUGUAAUGAGGUGCUGUGGUCAGACAGGUGUGUUAAUGAGGGAGACCGUGGUGAUGAAGUUUAUUACACUUAAUACUGAUGUUUACAUCUGAUCGCUGCUGCUGCUGUUGUUGCUGAGUGCAUGCAUGUGUGAGUAAGGAUCCUCGGUAUGGCGCUUAACUGCAUUGAACCACCUUUGGGGGGGGCCAAGUUUGCAAAAGGUUGAGAACCCCUAGACCAAUUCUUGGGAUGUGGGAUAUUACCUCACUGGUUUUUACCUCUAUGAGCAGCACCAUGGUGGUUGGACUCUUCUGGACUUGUCCAAAAUGUGAGAGAGGUGCUCACAAGCCUCUAGCUGAAUAACUCAUUGUAAGAGAAACUCAGUGACUGUUGUUCGUGCAUCAUAUAGCAGUCCAGAUCCCGUAGCCUACAUAGCCUACCUCCUCUGGAGGCUGAGGAUGUGAAAAUGAAAAAUUGUUGUCUUGUUGUGAACUGUGACUGUCAUUUUAGCCAUUUUGACAUUGAUGGACAUGUGUUGCGUGUUCAUGUGUGUUUGGGUCUGAGUUUAAAGCUCUCAUGGUUUGAUUCAUAUCUGAUGAACAGAAGCCGCUGCACAUCUGUCCUCAUUCAAACUAUUCAAAGACUGUGUAGAUUAAAAAAAAAACGCAGCACAAUUGUCACUGACGUUAUCUGAUAAACACACACACACACACACACACACACACACACACUCUCUCAGUCAGCUGUCUGCUUCCUGAGAAUCUCAGAGAUGCUUGUCUGUCUCUGCACAGUGUUUACAUUCCUCACUGUCUGAACACAGAGAAAACACCAUAAAAUACAAAACAGACUCUGCAGGGGAAAAGUCAGCAGGAAACACUGAACUCAACUCGCUGCAGUCUGAGCCUCCAUCCAUUCAUACACGCUCUGCUCUUACCUGCUCAGGUGCAUCACUGCAGCAGGUUCACUGAGAUAACUUACACAGAGUCAGCCUAACCUCAUCUUUUCCUUAUUGGAGGAAACCACAGACACACUCCUGAGUCAGUACAUCAUCACCACCAUCAUCUUCAUUGCUGCCUUUGUGACUGAACCUUCAGGUUGUAUUUAUGAAAAUCACAAACAGAAUCUGUGACAGGCAAAAACCCUGAGCGAGUCAAGCACCAACUGGAGACAUGUUUGCUGACUCUGAUAUUUCUGUGCUUGACCAGCUUGAGCUGGACCCCUUAGAGAGUGUGUGCGAUUUAUGUUGCAAGGAGGAUGAGAAACAGUCGACGCAAAGGCUGCUAUUACAGAAACCUGGACUUUGCCAUCACCGUAGCAGAACUACAGGCUGAUCGGCAACAUGCCACACCAUGCCAAAAGGAGCUCUAACCAAGGGCCCAGAGGAGAAAUAAUCAGCUUCGUAGAGGAUGAAUGUUAUUUCAAAAGCUGUUUUUUACUCCUCAUAGGAAAAAAUCUGAUAAUUUGAGAUGCUGGAAUUUGAUUUUCACGAGCUGGAAGCCAAACCCCCCAGAAUCAAACCAGAGAAAGGUUUGAUCAAUAUCUAUUUGCAUGCAAUGAACCCUGAAAAUAUGAAAGUUUACCUUUUGAAAUAAAAAAAGAAAACUUCCUACUAUACUCAUUGAGCCAUACCUCGACAGGUGUGGCCCCCAGUGUUCAAGAGUUGGUGCCUCACUCAGACCAGUGGGUUGAAACGUCAAGAUGUUAAAAAUGUUCUUCUAGUUUUUAGCUGACUCAGCAGUAACAGGAACCUCAGGGUUUCAAGACCCACUCUGAUGAAAAUCAUUUUUUUCUUGUUGUCUACAUGUUCAUGUGGCAUUUUUCCGAUGCUACAGGACAUAUCAUGAGAAAAAUAAGAGCAAAAUUGCAUUUCUGAGUAUUUCUGCAUUCAAAUCACUGUGAAACCUUGGCAGACCCAAACGGAAGGUUCAGACACAGUGGGAUUUUCUACAUCUCAUAUCCCCCAGAGCCCUGCUCUGCAGACCAGACUCCCAAAGUAGAAUAAGUGUGUGAGGUAGUGGAUCGCAGUGCUCGUAAGACAGCUAAUCAUGAGAUUAGCUUUCAUCAUGUCCCCAAAGACAUUAGUGUCGCAGAGCUGAAUAGCUUCUAUGUUACCCGCCACUUCUGCUGCACCGUCAAUGUUAGGCUACAAGCUAGCAUGAAGAGGAGUGCGCAGAGCAGCGCUGUCUUCACCAACCACUCAGAGUCGAAUUACUAAUGAGCUACUGGGGCUCUGCAGAAGAAAGCCCUUGAAAAUGACACAGGUAUUUUGAUUUUGGCUAAAAACGCAAUCAUCUCAAAUAAAGGAAACCCGAGAACACUGUAGGUAAUACUAAAAAAAGCAUUGGAGUGGGACUUAAGUGGUGAAGAACUGGACUUUACUUUUAGCCACUCAGUCGAGAGGUCACACCGAUGUCAUUAUGUUGUUAUAAUGGCAUGCCAUCAUCAAACAGGAAACUUCAUUGGUACACUAAUAAUUUGACCCUAACUGGGAUGAUGCGAAGUGUUAUUGUCAUGGUGAUGCAGUGAUUUAACUAGAUUGUAAUGUUGAUGGUGUGAUGUUAUAACAUGGUCAGAUUUACACUGAUGCCCUCUUUUGUUUCCAGGGCGACCAGAUGGAACCUUGUGGCGGUCUGGACUGCUCCACCUGUCAGUGUUUCCCAGCCAAAGGAGCAAGGGUGAGACUCCACCCACUCACACUCAUCAUCCAAUCACAGCUAGUCUUGCAGAAUGACAUCAUGGCUGCUGCAGAAGGUUUAUUUUGCUAACAGAUUGGUGGCACAUUCACUUUUCUAAACCACACACACACACACACACACACACACACACACACACACACACACACACACACAGGGUGUGAUAAUGAGCUGCUUUAUGGAGGAGUGUGUGCAAGGAAUGUGUUAGUGUUAAAUUAACAGCUGUUUACCUUAAACUGAGUCAGCAGAUUCCACACAAACACACACACUGACACAGACAAACACAACGGCGUAAUGUCAUAGAUUUCUUACUCUCCCUUUCUGAGCUCUGAGCCCCUGUUUCCAGAAACAUCUCUGAGAUCCUGUCAACAGAUAAAGAGUACAAAGAGUACAAUAUUCAGGGACUGACUGUCCAAUCAGUGUGGUCUAACUUGUUUGAGUUCACGAUGUGUCAACGUGUUUUUGUCUUAAGUCACAGUGAAGGCUGGAUGUUGACGGUCUCAUACAGGAACCACCCAGAUCUUUCAAUAUAAACUUAAGGUGUAGUCCAGGUGCUGACAGUUCGAAGUGUGUUUGUAAAUUUUCUCCUUAAGUGUUGUUCAACAUGUGUUUAGUUUGCCCAAGAUGUUAGUCAAAACAAUCCAACUGUGAUCCAUGUGCUUUAGUCCAAUCAAUCCCAGUUUUGUCCAGAUGUUCUCCUCAGUCCAAGUUUUGUCCAGAUGUUGUCCACAGAUGUUGUCCACAGUCUCAGUUUUGGCCAGAUGUGGUACAUUUUCCCAGUUUUGUAUAAAGAGCUUGGGCCUGUUUAGUUCAGGAGCCAAUCAAAUAGCUACUUAAACAUCACAUGUCCAACAGCUACUUUACUCAGCUGAUCAGGUAAAACAACAACAAACUGCAGCCACAGCUUCACCAUCCAAACCACAGACUACACCAACAAGACCAACAGCAACACCCACCACACCAACAGACACACAAACAACAACACAAACAACUACACUAAUACCACAAUGACAACAACACCAACUACACUAACAACAACACUAACUACCCUAACAACACCAAGAAAAACACCAACCACACCAACAAACACACAAACAGCAACAUUUACAACUACACCAACCACAUCAACAACACCACCAACAUUAUCAACUAUACCACCAGCAGCAGUUUGUGGAUUCAGACUGUGGUCCAGGUCACGUCACAAACUGACCCCCCGUCUGUGUGCCACUGUAUGUGUGUGUUCCUGUGUGUACCUGUGUCAGGUUGUGUGAGUGUGUUUAGCCUGUAUGUGUGUCAGUAUGUGUGUUUGUACAGCUGGGGGCAGCAGACAGGCACAGAGGAUUGUGGGAAGGCGUCUGUCUCAGUGAUUUCACAGUUCACGGCUUUCAGAGAAAGAAGGACAGAGAGAGGACUAACAGAGAUCACAGCUGUCACAUCUCAUCACACACACACCCACUUCACAUCACACACACACACACACACACACACACAUACACACACACACACACACACACACACACACACACCGGGACACUCACACUUCACAUCAGGGAUUCACAUACUGGCAAAGCGAGCACAAGAAGGUUAGUGAGUGAAGCGCUCUGUCACCAGGCCUGUUACACUCGAAUAUGAAUGAUUAAAAGGAUCUUCAAUCACUGAAUCAGUCAGAGUGACGAAGUGGGAUCACGGCAGGUCAUGUGUUUCACAAAACACAGUAAAGCACAGAGAAACUUUGAACAUGUUUCAGCUUUACUUUUAUUUCAACAUCCAGAGUUACGUUAAGUUUAUUUCUGAGUUACACUAACUCACCUGUGUGUAAUUUUUGGAUUUAUGAUGAGGUAUUAAUGAUUGUAAUGACUGUAACAAGCACACAGGUGAUCUGAGCGAUUAAAAGGCUCAGUGAAGUGUUUGGCUUAGUGAUGGAUUUUAUAAUGUGUUUUAAAACACUCAUAUCAGCUGUCAUGGCGUUUUAAUCGCAGUUCACUUUACUUAAAACAACAAAAUGGCCUACAUGACUACAGUUUAGUAUUAACAGAUCUAGGAUAAACCAAGGUAGACAACCCUCAGGUGUGUCUGUUCUAACAGGUUUUAGUCGAGACGUCCAUACAAAGAAGAAAAAUGACAUUUUCUGUUUGUCCUGGUCCGUUCUUUUUAAAAUACCUUUUUUUAAUGCUCUAAUUUCAAUUCGAUGAUUUAACUUUGCUGCUGCUGUUGAUGUGGUGGCGGCCUCACACUGCCCCCCUGUGGUCAUGUGGUCACAUUACAUGCUGUAUUCUCUUUCCUGCUGUUUCGUUAGACUCGUCACUCCAUCUGUGUUUGAAUCACUCUCAGCUGAAUGGAGGGAUCAACAAAAAUAAAGUCACAGUAAAGUUGUAAUUAUCACAAAACUACAAGAUUGCAAGAAAAAAGUUACAGUUAAGUCACUAUUUUACAAGGACAAAGUGGUAAUAAAUAUCAGGAGAAUAGAGCUGUAGUGAAGUGGUAGUUUUUGUUAAUAGUUGACCUGUUAUGAUGGCAAUAAGCUAGACUGUAGAUUAUCUAGUUAAAUUAGAGUUUUAAAUAUUCCCCUGACCUCAUGUUUAACAGCAGUAACGUGCACAACAUAACGGUUUUAAAGGGAUAUUUCGGUGUAAAAUUAAUUUCGGGUCAAACACACCGUAAUACAGAGUUAGACACCCCCAUUUAUGAUCAUUUCUUUAUCAUUUCCUUGAAGUAAUAAUCACCAUGUUAAUCAUUUUCCACUGCAGACGCCGUAAUUCUUCUGCCUUUGCGUCUCGGUCUGAUUGCAUUUCCAUGAAAUAAAGAUCAUAAAUGUUCUUCCUUGAGCUGUGUCACCCCACAGCAGUCUGUAAUGGACAGGUCUGAGGUCUCACUACUAACAAGCGGCUGCUGGAAGAGAGUGGGUGAGUUAUGUUUAGUCUCUUUGCUAAAGAAAUUAGGCAAAGCUAAAAAGAUGUUUGGUGGCUAGUACUAUGGCUAGGACCCUAUAUGUACUGUUGAUGAAGUUAGGGGCUGUUUUGAGCAUUAUUUGUGGAUAUAGAAUGGCGUUUUGGUUUAGGUUUGUGUAUGGCUCCUCAGAGCGCUGUUUAUUGCUAUCAUGCGGUCGUUACUAAAGUUGGUAUAACUAGAAAAGCAAGCGGUCGGCAACAUUCAUCUCUCGAGGGGUUGUCUAACUCUGUGUAUUUGACCCUAAAUUAAUUUUUCGCCGGAAAAUCCCUUUAAGCUCAUCAAAUAAUUACAUGAAUGUCAUGGUUAUUUUCACCUGAAGCACUCGUCAGUUUCAAGCCUAGGCUCCAUUGUGUGUAGAAAGCAAGUGAACCACGUUAGCCCCGGUGGGUGUGUUGGUUGAAUAAAGAGGUGUGGUCAGGUGUAAAAGUGGCGUAUUGCAGACUGGUUUAUGCUUCUUUUUCAGACAUGCACCUCCUCAAAAAUGUGAUACCAUGUUAAAACAAUGGAGACAACGAGCCCUGUCAGCAUGAUCAGCAGCCGCAUAACAUUAAUCAGCUUCAGCUCAAACAGAUCAGGCUCAGAUCCAGACACCAUGGUCUCCUGUACUUAGAGAAGGAGGGAACAUAAAAGGACUGAACAGUGGAGAUCUGAGCAGCAUAGACAUCAGUCUACUGACUAGUGUUAAGGCAGCGCAGAGCAGACCCUCCAGAGUAGCUAUAUGUGGUUCUCACAGCUCUGCUCUCCAUGGAGAUGGUACAGUGUUGUUAAGAAGCUGUGGCAUAAAUCCAGCUUUGAAGGAAAUGAGAGCAGAUGCACCAUAACACACCUAAGAAUAACAAGGAGCCAAACCACAAACUCUGUGAGACCUGUGCCUUAUGUAGCCCUCAGAUUGUGCGCUGCUUAAGUAGAAGAAUGUGGCUGAACCCAUGCUGGUCCACUUUAUGCUAUCAUGUGUUUUAGGUGGUUUAAAUCAGGUCCUUUAUUCUUGGAGAAAAUCUUUUUUUUUUCCAUCAGUUUGAUCAGGUUUUACAUGUUUUCCUGUUUUUUGGUUUAAUUCCGACAGGGUCUGGUAGGUUCCAUCCGGUUCUGUGUGGUAGUUUACAUUUCCAAAAGGUCAUGUAAAUGUCCUCUUCAUUGGGAUUGUCACAUGGACUGUGUUCUGAUUCUACAGAUUCAGGUUCAAUUAGGUCCUGCUAGAUUUUUCUGAACUCUGAAGGUCUUUACCAAGGUCUACAUGCCCUUGAUAGGUGGUGUCAGGUUUGAUCCGUGUUUAGGAGAGUGUAAAAAGUUUUAUCAGGCUGAAAACAGCUCCAAACUUUUUUUGGUAAGAAGUGUUCUUGUUCCAGUCUUUGGGCUUUAUAAAUUUUUAAAAGGUUCUUUGAUUUGGUUCUUCUGGUCCUAUUUUCCUUUGCGAGCACUCUGUAAGUUUCCAGCAGGUUCAGUCAAGUUCUCCAAGGUUUUAACGGUUUGUUUAUGUUUUUUAAGGGUUCUCCGGGUCCUGUAGGGCGGCAGGGCCCUCAGGGGCCUCCAGGCUUCCCAGGUCCUCAGGGGCAACCAGGGGAGAAGGGCCACAGGGGGGAUGAGGGACCAACAGGAGCCGCAGGACCAAAGGGAGACCAGGUGAAUAACUGUGGUUCUGUUUUUUCUUUUUAAAUCUGACAUGAAGACAAGAUAGCUGUCUUUCUGAGGUGAUGAGUCGUGUUCAGGUGUUUUAGACGUCUGUCAGGUUACUUAUACUCUCCAGCACUAGAUCAAACCCCUGAAACUGUACUCCACAACCACAACCUAAGUCUGUCUGUUGUUUGUGGUUUCAGGGGAGUGUUGGUGUUCCUGGAUUUCAAGGUUUGGAAGGACUCCUGGUAAGACCCCCACCCCCCCCCCCCCAACCUCUCUGCCUCUCUCAUUGGGCCUAAUGUGUCAGGGUCAAAGGUCAGGCUGAAUGUGUUACUGUGUUUAGGGUCACCCAGGUCCCGCUGGAGGUCCUGGUUUUCCCGGUCUGGAUGGAUGUAAUGGAACCAAAGGAGAAAGAGGAGAAUCUGGACUUCCUGGAGCACGAGGACCACAGGGAGUACCGGUCAGAGGCCAAUUGAUCAUAAUAUGAAGUGAAGGAAAAUAUACUGAAGUGUAAUUAUGACUGAGAAACCAACCUAAAGGUCUGAGUCAGCAGAAAUGCUUCUGUGUCAGGGACUCAUUUCAGGUGUGGCAGAUUUUAACGUUGGAAUUGUGUCAUUACAGCGUCAAGUGUUUGAAAUAUGAAAGUCUUAAACUUUAUGAUUGAUUUUAAUGACUCCAAUGUUUUUGUCCAUUGGACAAUUGAAAAUAUUUCUGCUGAUUUUUAAUAAACUACAAAACCCAAAUCCAUUGAAGUUGGGAAAUUAUGAUAAACGUAAAUAAAAACAGAAUACAAUGAUUUACAAAUCCUUUUCAACCUAUAUUUAAUUGAAUACAAUAGAAAGACAACAUAUUUAAUGUUCAAACUAAUAAACUUUAUUUUGGUUUUUUUUUGCAACUAAUAAUUGACUCAGAAUUUCAUGGCUGCAACACGUGACAAAGAAGUUGGGACAGGUGGCAAAAAAUACUGAGAAAUUUGAGGAAUGCUCAUCAAACACCUAUUUGGAACAUCCCACAGGUGGGCAGGCUAAUUGGGAACAGGUGGGUGCCAUGAUUGGGUAUAAAAGCAGCUUCCCCAAAAAUUCUCAGUCAUUCACAAGCAUGGAUGGUGCGUGGUUUACCACUUUGUGAACAACUGCGUGAGCAAAUAGUCGAACACUUUAAGAACAACGCUUCUCAAAGUACAAUUGCAAGGAAUUUAGGGAUUUCAACAUCUACGCUCCGUAAUAUCAUCAAAAGGUUCAGAGAAUCUGGAGAAAUCACUGCACAUAAGCGGCACGGCCGGAAACCAACAUUGAAUGCCCGUGACCUUUGAUCCCUCAGGCGGCACUGUAUCAAAAACCAACAUCAGUGUGUAAAGGAUAUCACCACAUGGGCUCAGGAACACUUCAGAAAACCACUGUCAGUAAAUACAGUUCGUCGCUACAUCUGUAAGUGCAAGUUAAAACUCUUCUAUGAAAAGCGAAAGCCAUUUAUCAACAAAAUCCAGAAACGCCGCCGGCUUCUCUGGGCCAGAGCUCAUCUAAGAUGACUGAUGCAACGUGGAAAAGUGUUCUGUGGUCUAACAAGUCCACAUUUCAAAUUGUUUUUGGAAAUAGUGGACGUUGUGUCCUCCAGGCCAAAGAAUAAAAGAACCAUCUGGACUGUUAUCGACGCAAAGUUCAAAAGCCAGCAUCUGUGAUGGUAUGGGGGUGCAUUAGUGCCCAAGGCAUGGGUAACUUAUACAUCUGUGAAGGCAACAUUAAUGCUGAAAGGUACAUACAGGUUUCGGAGCAACAUAUGCAUCCAUCGAAGCAACGUCUUUUUCACGGACGCCCCUGCUUAUUUCAGGAAGACAAUGCCAUGCCACAUUCUGCAUGUGUUACAACAGCGUGGCUUCGUAGAAAAAGAGUGCGGGUACUGGACUGGCCUGCCUGCAGUCCAGACCUGUCUCCCAUUGAAAAUGUGUGGCGCAUUAUGAAGCGUAAAAUACGACAACGGAGGACUGUUGGACAACUGAAGCUGUGCAUCAAGCAAGAAUGGGAAAGAAUUCCACCUUCAAAGCUUCAACAAUUAGUCUCCUCAGUUCCCAAACAGUUAUUGAGUGUUGUUAAAAGGAAAGGUGAUGUAACACAGUAGUAAACAUGUCCCUUUCCCAACUACUUUGGCACGUGUUGCUGCCAACAAAUUCUAAAGUUAAUGAUUAUUUGCAAAAAAAAAAUAAAGUUUAUGAGUUUGAACAUUAAAUAUCUUGUCUUUGUAGUGUACUCCAUUGAAUAUAGGUUAAAAAGGAUUUGCAAAUCAUUGUAUUCUGUUUUUAUUUACGUUUAUCACAAUUUCUCAACUUCAAUGGAAUUGGGUUCUGUAUAUAAACCGUUAUCAUGAAGAGCUACAACAUGCCAUUUAAUAAAGACACUUGUUGGACGCUUGUUUUAUUGCACAUCAUGGUUCACCAACACUAAAUCUAGAGUGUCACUGCAUAAUUGCAUGGCUAAGACUGUUUUAUUUUACAGGGUUUCUUGGGUCUGAAGGGGUUUCCAGGAGAUCCAGCGAUCUACUUGAUUCAGUACCCUGGGAUACCAGUAAGUACACCUGAAGUAUAAGUCAAAGGGUAUUUAUCCUUUAUGAACUUACUUAAAGGUCCCAUCAAAUAAAACCAUAUUUUCUCGCCUGAAUAUAUUUCAGUAAGGAGCACUUUCAUCAAAAAUAGCUAAUUAUGCAAUAGUUUCAUUUGGUGUUGGCUCUCUUCUGCCCUUCCACCUUUUCCUCUCCACCUCAUCAUCAUGGAAACCCCACCCACUCAGAUCAUGGCAUGAAUAAUGAGACUGAAAACUAAGAAGCUGGAUGCUUUUUUUUGUUUGUUGGUUGUAUUUUGCUGCUAAAUCUAAACCUUGCUGAAAAGAUGUGUUAGUGUUGUGCAUGAACUAGUAAAAAUAAGCUCUCAAAUUUUCAUAAAUGGUGAACCAAACCACUCAGUUGAUAACACAUGAGCCGGUUCACUCCAGGGGAAGUGAACAACCACUCACAUUCAGAGAGGUGCUGAAAGCAAUGUGUUUUACAGCAGCAGAAGUCAGAUCUGCUGCACUUUCCAUGCAUUCAGCAUUGCUAAACCUGCUGACAGUACACUCAAUGCAGUGUCUUGGUUUGGAAACUUGUCUCUUAAAGACAAAAAUUGCCUAAACCAAGUAGCAAAAUGGGCGAGAAGGCUGAUUGGAGAGGCCCAGCUCUACCCACCAUCCCUGUAUACUAAGCAGUUACAGGGGAUGGCUGGCUCCAUUUUAAAUGGUGAGUUUCAGCUGCUCCCAUCAGGCAGGAGGCUCAAGGUACCAGCCUGUAAAACUAAGCUGUACAAAAAUAGUUUUAUUCGAUCAGCCAUCGGGCACAUUAACACAGGGAAGAAACCUUGAGAGCUGUUGGUUUUUACUUGGUUUUAUUGGUCUUAUUUUAUUCGUUUUAAUCUCUUACUCCCAAACACUGUUGUCACAUUUUAACGUAUGUACUGUGCUGUUUGUCUACUAUCGUACAUGUGAUUCACUGCAAACAAAAUUUACCUAAGGGUACAAAUAAAGUAACCUUUGACCUUUGACCUAAGCAGUGCAUGUGAGAACGGUGGCUUUAAACAUUUGCUUGGGUUUCAUGGGAUAAGGAAAUAUGGCUCUACUGAAAAAGAGAGCUUGUAGCUGAAAAAUGAACAUGAACGAGUUAAUUUUUUGGAUCAUGAACUAAGUUCAAAAUCUUUAAAAAUGAUCUUUGAAUAUGAACCUGUUCAUUUUAAUGGGUAUGAACUGAACUUUGAGCUACCUUAUUUUUUGUGUGAGCUGGCACAACCAUAGACUGUAUAAAGAAUGGACAGCAUCUGCCUCCUUGCUGGGUGAAGCCACUCUGAGAACAGCACCCUCUGUUGAUGGGCUGCAGUAUAGGUCAUAAAUCCCGCCUCCGCCAGCAAAGCUUAUGGGGCUGUGGACCAACUUUAGAAAUUUAUUACACAGAACAUACAUUUUUCUCCCCCCUGCUUGUGAUGUUGACAUGUUGUUACAGAAAGACUGGUUUGUGCUCUAGUCCUCUUUUUUUCUGUGAAGCUCCAUUUUUAAAAGUUAUUAGGGGGUUCAUGUUUUCUAUGAUUGACACCUGAUACAGCCUAUUGGCGUUCAGGGAUUGCAUAGCUCACCCAGGGGAUAUGCUAUUUGAGCCGAGCGUCAUCACAGCGACUCUCAGCGACUCUCCCGCCGAAUGUGCACAGCGCUACUGCGCAAUGCUGGUUUCAGGAAAUAAAGAAAAAUACUGCAAAUUCCGAGAGCUUUUUGGCUUCAAAUCCGUAUACAGGCAGGAGGCGGAACCAAGAUGUCCAUAGUAUAUACAGUCUAUGGGCACAACACUGACUAAGCCAUGCUGUGAACAGUCAAAGAUAUCAUUGUUUUAGGACCCUCAGGUGUCUAAACCCUCUGUGAGUUUAUCAAAUCAACUGUGCUAUGGACAGGAAACCCUGGGAUAUUUUCACCUUCUUUUUCUUGGUUCAUGUGUUUUACUGCUUUACUAUACUGAUAGAAAUAGUGGUUCCAGAGCACCAGAUUUUAAAAAAGGAAUGUUUCUAUUUAACAGGGACCUGCUGGACCCACUGGACAACCUGGUCUGCAGGUGAGAAACAAACAGUCAGCAACAUUUGCACACAUAUUUACAUCACAGGCCGUGGAAGUUACUAAAGUGUAUUGAGUCCAUUACUGCAUGCAGCUGAAAGUGAAUUUUUUGUUUCAUUCUACUUGAAAUCUUUGCAAAGUAAGAUUUCAAAAACUUCAGAUGCUGUAGAAUGCUGUAAAUAUGGUCACAUAUAGUACAAUACGAUGAGUCUCAGUGAAGUGUCUCACAUCUAACCACUUCAGUCCUUUACGUGUUAUUUUUGUAAAACUCAGCUGGUGUCAUUUUUUUGACCUGCGACUUGUUUGAUUUACAAUCCAGAGUGUAAUUUUGAUAUAAAUCUCCUAAGACAGUUAAAGAAACAAACCCAGUUUUACACCAUUUUAUUUAGAGUCAGCUCAUUUCAUGUAGUUUAACUGUAGUAUCAGCCCUUCAGUGACACAUUUUUUAACAAGAACUGAGACACUUUGUUGGGAGAUUUUUGAGCUGUAAUGCAAAAAGGUAUUUGAAACAUUAUCAUCAGUUAUUAUUCUGCACAGUGAAGUUCUCCCACGUCCCCCUUCACUUUCUGUGAACCACUACAAGGCAAAAUUAGAAAAGAUUAGAAAAAGUAAAAAACUAAAAGUCCAUGGCACAUUAGAGAGUGUUUUAGAAGUAGUCAGUCAACCACUGAAUGUUUCUGUCUGUACUUUUGUCUUUCUUCAGGGGGGACCAGGUCUUCCUGGCCCAACAGGGCUUGUGGGUUCUGCAGGACUGAAAGGGUCGAAUGUGAGUAUCACCUGAAGAAAAUCUACUUUUUAUCAUCUGUAUUUUAUGUUUAUUUAUAUGGUACAGGGCAUUUUUUAUCUACAAAAAGAAGAAUGUAAAAAACCUUUAUUUGUUCAUCUGCAGGGUCUCCCAGGUCUGCCUGGCCUCAGGGGUCCACCUGUAAGUGUCACACUGACAUAAAUAAAGUUCUAUUGUUUGCAGUUAAAAAAAGACCCACUUCAGUAAAUCUGAGUUUUGAUGAUCAGCUAAUGAUUUUUAACGUAUUUGUGUUUCAGGGAGAAAAAGGUCGAUCUCUGCCAGGACAGAAAGGAGACGAGGUACACAUUUUCAUAUUGAAAACUUGAAGUUACCUCAGUCCAUGCCCCCUCAGUGACAUCACACAAGGUGUUUUCCUUCUGCAAGUUUAAAGGACACACCUGCAGUAAGUUCACUGAGGGGACGGGGUCAGAGAAAUCAGAUGGCCGCCCUUGGAGGCUUCAGUCUGACUUGGUGUCAUACUGUGUUAGUGUUUUAUCAACACACUGUGAGAUGUGUCAAAGUCGUGCUGUUGCAGUUCAGUCUGUUGUCCACAGGGGGAGCAGGGCCCCCAGGGGCCUCCAGGACCAUUCGAGUAUAUAGACCCACCAGAAGAUCUUUACAUCAAGGGAGAGAAGGUAGGCGGGACUUAAUUAUUUUGCUUUGGUCCUCCUUCAGUUCUCAUGUAAGCCACCAAGAACUCAACUGAUGUUUUUGUCCCUGAACCACGGAGGUUCUGCUGUCAACAGUCUACAGCUCUGCUGUUAGUUAUCUUAGUCCUUAAGGCUGGUUCUGUUGGUUCCGGACCUCUAUUAGCUCUUUAACCAUGUCCUAAGUCUGUGCUGGUGCUGGUUCCUAGGUUAGAUUUGUUUGUUCUUAUCUUGUUUUAAAUGGGGUCAGGGGUGGUUAAAACAUUUGGUUCUAUCUGUUCUUCAGGGUUCUCAAGGAAUAAAAGGAGUCUGUGGAAGUCCUGGACUGCCGGUAGGUUUUGAUAUCAAACCCUGAGAACAUCUGACUGCAGUAACAUCAGGUUCACCUGAACACAGAGUUCCACUUUGAGUAGUUCCACAAAAACAGACCCAAUUCCGAAAUGUUCAAACUCCCUCAGUGCUCAGAAUAAUAUUGGACAAAGGUCAGAUUCUGAGACUCCCACCCUGCAGGACGGAGCGCUACCGCAGAUCAUUUCUCCCCUCUGCAAUAAGACUUUACAAUGAACAGUAACAAAACUGAUUUUACACCACCACUUUUUUUAUGGCAUUUAAAUUGUGUAUAUUGUAGAAAGCUUUAUUUUUUCUUCUCCUUUUUCUAAUUUUUUUCUUAAUUAUUACAUUUAUUUAAGUUCUUAAUAUUAGGACCCUUAUUGUUAUAACUGCAUUUUUGCACUUUUUGGCUUGUCUGUGAUGCUGCUGUGACAAAAAAAUUUCCCCCAUGGGGGAUCAAUAAAGGAAUAUUCUAUUCUAUUCUAUUCUAUUCUUCUGCCAUGAGUGUGGGUCAACAAUUCAGAUGUUAAAGAUGAACGAGACAGAUGCAAUGACAAUCUUUGCUCAUGGUUUUAGGGUUUGGACUCUCUCCCAGGAAUCAAAGGAGAGAAAGGGAUUUUGGGAUUUCCUGGACCGCGGGUGAGGAGUCUUCCAUGUUUGCAUUUUUAUUCAGGAUUUAUCUGUAGUCAGUUUGAGUGUCUCCAACCAAAAAGGUUCUCUUGAGCAGAGAGUUAGUAAGUGCAAUGGAAGGUUGUAUAAAAGGUUAACAUUGAAUCAGCAAGUCACAGUGACAUUUGUGGAGACUGAAAACAUCUCCAUUUGAACAUGUCUGUGGUGCGUUUGUGUGUUUCAGGGACUUCCAGGGAGUCCUGGACAGAUUGGAGUCAGAGGAUCCAAGGUAAGUCUAAGUACAAAUUUGGAUAUGGAAACAAGAAUGGGGCCAAUCUGGUGCCAGAUCCCCCUUGUUAUACUAAUUUCUUAAAGGCCUAGAUUUUGUAUGUUUGUAUAGAAUAUCUAGUCAGAUUUCCCUGUGGCAUGUUGGGUCUGAAGAGUGGUUUUACUUCCCCCAAACCAAGCCAAUGGCGAGGGCCUCACUGAUUUGAAACUCUAGUAUAAAAGGUGUCCAAAAUCUAUCAGAUGUGUGAGAUCCAAGCACACGCACUGAGGACUGUCCUGUGAUACACUACAACCAAUCAAAAGCAAGCUGAAUGAAAAAGGAAACACAUCAAAUGCAGCUGUGAGGAAGUUUGACAUGAAAUAGCUACAAUCUCAUGGUAUAAUGUCAGAAACACAGGAACAAAUAGUUGGUCUUUGGCAGCAACAUAAGCAUUUACACAUGUCCUGUAACAUAGCACAAAUUGACCAGUCAUCCUCUCAACUGCCAUGUUUUUUCCCACUUGAGUCUCAUUUGACUUGACUUGAUCCAGUGUAGAGUGAAUCUGAAUCUGUGUGUUUGAUGUGCUGCUUAUUCUGCUAAUAAUCCUGAGACUUCCUCUCCACCGUCUGCUGCCGAUUCAUCUCCAUUUGUUAUCAACAUUUUUAUCAUUGCCCAGACCACCUCGGCUGACUCCUUUCUCCUGCUUCACCGUAACACUCCAUGCACCCCAUACAGAGCAAAGACUAAGAUGUUCUGUGCAUGUUGACCUUCACCAGGGUUGCCCCUUGUCACAUUUUCAGUUUGUUAUUAUCUUGAAUUAGAUAUUCAGGUGCAUCCAGGGGAAGGAGGGUCUACAGUGUGGGGGGGCCUCAGUAUUCCAACUCUGCUCCUUGCAGAUAAUGUGGUUUUGUUGGCAUCUUUAUGCUGAGACCUCCAGCAGGCAGUAGGAUGGUUUGCAGCACCUCCAGGUCUGAGGCCAUGGUUCUCUGCUGGGAAAUGGUGGACUACUAUUCUUGGGUCUGGAGCGAUUAUUUGCUCCAAGUGAGGGGUUUUAGAUUCUUGGGGUCUUGUUCACGGGUUAAGGCACACUACGGAAAGAAAACUGAUAAAUUUGUCAGUGAACAGUGGACUAAGUAAAUACAAGAGUGGUUCAAAAGAAAACAAAAGAUUUGUCCCAAUAAACAAUCAUGACGAAAUGCAUGAAAGUUAAACAUGAAAUCUUUGUUUUCUUGUGUGUAUGUGCUUUUAGGGAAUUCAAGGAAUUCCAGGUCUGCCAGGUCUGAUUGGUCAAGAAGGCCCAAAGGUGAGUUUGGACCUAUCUUUGCUUUGCGACACCAUCAGCACCAUUCUGACCAAUCAAGGGCUCCUAACAUGUGAUGUCUGUUUCCAGGGCAUGAUGGGAAAUCCUGGCCCCAAAGGCCUCCCUCAGACUGUAGAUCUCGUGCACAAAGGUACAGACUGACACUCACAGAUCAGCUGACUGAUCCAGCAUCACUUCUUGGUCUGAAUAGAUUCAUCCCUCUGACAUUAAAGGAAUAUUUCAGCAUUUUUGAAAGGAGGUUAUAUGGGUAGCAUAUGAUCAGCAAGUUUUUAAGCUACAAUUGAUGCCUGUGAGCUUGGUUCUUUGAUGAGAAACUGCAGGGACCUGCACACAAGCUAGGCUGAAGUUUUCUGAGAAUGUGUCAAAAUCAAGUUUCAAAAACAAGAGUUAAUCCUGGUUUCAGGGAUCAGGACGUGAUGUUGACACACAACAAAUGAAUACUGACCAAAACAGGAAUGGUCAAGUCUGUGUACAGACACUCAGUGUUGCAUAUAUCUUUAUCAACUCUCAGUCCUGAGGUCAGCUACCUCCUUUCUUUUAGGUGAUGUUGGAGAUCCUGGGGCUGUUGGACUGAGAGGCCCCCCGGGAAACAUGGGAAUAAUGGGAAUGCACGGGCCCCGAGGAGCUCCAGGAAGGUCCAUACCUGGUGAGUACAAGCUGCUCAUGAGCAUGGCAAUGUCAUAAGUGGUCAUAUUUAGGAUGUUUGGUGACCAGACAGCAGUCAAGCUUCACUCAAACCUGUGCCUAAGUAUAACUAUGAUGUAAAAACCAUAACAACUCUGCUCAUGUUGAAAUGACAAACUUCAACAAGACCACCAGAGUUCCUGCCAAGAGAACAGACACACACAUGAUCUUGUAAGACCAGGCCAACCGUGUGUUAACGUGUCAAAAGAUUUUAAAGAGAUCAGCAUCAAUCCAAAGUCACUAUGGUUCUCUUUCAGGACCAGCGGGGUUUGUUGGUCAGCAAGGUAUUCCAGGAUCUAAAGGGGACAAGGGAGAUCCAGGUCAGGCGUUUAAGGAUGGACCCACACCUGGAGAACCAGGAAAACCUGGACGUCCUGGACCCCAAGGAGUGAAAGGAGAGCCAGGAAUACCAGGUAUAACAAACUAGUAUUUGUACCUGUUGGUGCUCCUCCUGUGAUCUCAUGUUUGUCCAUGGUCCAAAUCUCUUUAAAGAUGCAGUAUAGGUUCAGUUUUAUCUUGCUGAUUUCCUGUCCGUCUCUUUAGGUAGAUACUGCAUUGCCGGAGCACCUGGAGUGUCUGGAGAGCCAGGUGAACAGGGGCCUCCGGGGGCUCAGGGUUACCCAGGGUUCAAAGGUCAGUGUCCAAAUAAAGGCUGUGAACGGCUGAUUUAUUUAAGCAUUAAUAACUAAGUACUAAGUGCUGACUUUGACUUGUGAAUUAUUUGUCAAUCCUCAUGUGUGUUUCAGGUAGUCGGGGCGAAUGUGCUUGUGGCCCCCCUUAUCAAAUCCAGGGUCCCCCUGGUUUUAAGGGUGAAACGGGGUCUCCAGGUUCACCAGGAGUGCCAGGGGAGUCAGGGCCAAGAGGGGAGAAAGGUUUGCUUGGAGACACAGGGGAACGUGGCCAACAGGUAAGCCCCCAGACAACCAGGUCAGAAGUCAUAUGAGCAGCUUGAUGAUUAAUUGAUCAAUUGAUUUAGUGACUAAUUAAUUGAUUGCAGGGUCUGGGUGGAUUUCCAGGUGUCAAAGGGUUCAAAGGUCAGAAAGGGGACUUCACUUUGGUGGAUAUAAAAGGUGGGUUUUACCUUUCAACUGUCUCCUGCUCGCCUCAAUCGACAUGCCUGCUUAAAUGAUUGGUGUGUUCCAGAGUGUCUGCAUUCACUGUAGACAAACAUCUCUGUAGGUGCUGAGAGAGCCUUUGGUGUGAAUCUCAGUAACAGAAGGAACAAAAAUACUAAGGUGCCAGUGAUCAGGCAGCUGUCAAGACCAUGAAAUAAUGUGUGAGUUCAGUGUCAUGAUAUUAAUCAUAAUGAACGGCCUUGUGCUUUCAGGUGAAAGAGGAAACAAGGGUCUGCCAGGCCCUCCAGGAAGACAAGGAUUCUCAGGGAGAAGGGGACUUGAUGGGCUGCCUGGGGCACCUGGAAACCCUGGCCUUCCAGUGAGUCAGACACCUAGAGAAUCUGCUGGAAAAAAGGGCAGGCCCUACAGCACCAUUAAAGACAGGGAGAAACAAGAGCCCUGACGAGUUUCUUAGGGUCAGAAUCAAAUCAUUGAAACUUGUGCUGGACUUCCAAACAAUUUUCACAGUCCCAGACUAAAAACUGAAAGUCUGAAUCAAAUCUUGGAGUUUUACUGGAGUCACAGCGGAGUCAGCGUGCUCCUGUCAUCUCGAUCGUCAAGUUUUAAGGUGGCAAUCUGUAUAUCAGUCUUUUCCUAGUCUUUGGUUUGCAAUGGUAUCAAACGUGUUUGAUAUGAUUGCAAGUCGCAGUUACAUAACACAACCAAACACCAAUAGAUGAGCUCUAACAAAAGGAAAAGAAAACCUGACAGUCAAAACCAGAAGAACAUGAAUGUAUUAAGAAUAACUGGUGAUAAAAAGGAGCAGAUAGUGUUGCUGUGGGCAGAUCAGCCUUGUCUAUUCAACAUCAACUGCAGGUUUUUUCCUUACAUGUAAUGGCACACUGCCACAGCUAAAUAAAAACCACUACAGCUCAACAAUAAAGUUUUUUUUGCGCUACCUCAGACUCAGUAUGUAACAGUGCGGUGCACAUGGGCUGCACCUUCAAAUCACACAACACCACAAAUAGAUUUCCCACCAAUGAAAAGUUAGGAGAAUUAUUAUCUUUUUUUUUUUUUUCAAUAAUAUUUUUAUUGAUUUUUUCAAAUUUUAAACGAAAACGACAAACAGACACAAACAGCUCAGCUCAGAAACAUAACAAAGACACAGUUAAUAUAAAAAUGAGUGUACAGUACCUACAUUGGACAAUAGAAUCAAACGUCAAACAUAGACUGCUUGGUGCUUUGCAGUCAGUAUAUAUGGGUGAGCAAUACAAGAAAGAUAAUAAUACAGCAGAGAAUAAUAACAACAAACAAACAGCUGUGACCAUGUAAAUGGACCUACAGCAGACCCCACCCGAACCCGCGCCCGCCCAACAGCACCCCAGCAGCGGCACAGCAAGCCACAGCCCUGCCUGUAGCUCGCCAUGCCACGCGCCAUCGGACAAGCACGGAUUCAGGGGGGAACCUGCCACAGGCCCACCACAGUUAUAGGAUGAGUUCUACCCAUCAAGAUCAGCGAUAUGACUUCUGUUAAGGAACCCCAAUGUCAAAGUGUCAGCUAAUUGAGGGCCAAUAAAUCUUAAAUAUGGGUCCCAAAUUUUGUAGAAGUUAUCGGUUGUGGAACGUAACAGGCAAGUGAGAAACUCCAACGGCAUGCACUGCAUGAUCAUUUGGUGCCAUCCUUUUUUCGUGGGUGACUUUUCAUCGAUCCAAGACAACAGGACAUUCUUCCUUUCGGCAUAGGUUAGGAGAUUGAACAGACGUUUAUGGGAUUUGUUCACAAUCCUAUGAUCAGGCAGUCCCAAAAUCAAACACAAAGGGUCAAGUUCAAGUUCCAUGUCAAAGAUCUCAUUCAACUGUUGUACAACAUCAAACCAAUAACGUUCAAUCUUACGACAUGACCAUAUACAGUGGAAAUAGUCUCCUUCUUCAAUCUUACACUUAAGACAGAGAGGUGAUAGACUGGGGUUCAUCUUAUGGCGAAGGCUAUGUGGGAUCUGCAACCGAUGUAUAGUUCUCAAUUGAACCAACCAGGCCCUAUUACACACCGAAAGUUUUUUAGCAUUCUCAAAUAUUUCACACCAAUCUUCAUCAGCAAUUUUAACUCCAAGAUCUCUUUCCCAUUUCCUCUUAGCAUCAAGUGUGUUUACAGUUGCGUUAGAUCUCAGCAGGCCAUAGAAAAAACUAAUACAACCCCUUUUGAAAUCCAUUGUCAAUGCUCUCUCAAUUGGAGAAGUAUCUAUAUUAGUUAGUAGCAUUGUACAUCUGGAAAUAAAAUCCCUCACUUGUAAGAACCUGAAAAAUUGUCCACGAAGUAGACCAUAUUUUUGUUGUAUUUGAUCAAAUGACAUUAGUGUAGGACCAUGAAAUAAAUUUCCCAGUGUUGUAAUGCCACUCUCUCUCCAAGAGUUAAACCCUGGGUCAUCAACGCCCGGAGUGAAGUCAGGGUUCCCUUGAAUUAAGGUGAGAGGUGAUGUCAAUUUGGCUCGACCCUCUAAGAGCCUAGCCAUCCUCCAUGCCUUCAGUGUGUUGAAGACAUUUGGGUUGUUACAGAAUUUCUUCACUGUAGCUGGAUCUUUGACAAAUAGGAGAUUUCGGAGAGGGCAGUCACACUGUGCAACUUCAAUAUCUAGCCAGAUUGAAAGCUCAUCUCCGCUAAGCCAUGUCGCUACAAAUCUUAGAUGUGCAGCUGCCUGAUACCAUUUUAUAUUGGGGAGUUCUAACCCACCUUCAGAGACAAGGAGUUGCAAUUUUUCUAAUUUCAACCUGGCCCUUCUCUUGUUCCAAAUAAAAGAGCUCAAUCAUCCUUCAAUAAUUUUAACCACCUUCCUUGUAAGGAAGACAGGAAUCAUUUGAAGUGGAUAUAGUAACCGUGGUAAUAUGUUCAUCUUAAUGAGCGCCACUCUACCCAACCAGGACAGUGGUAGUGAUGCCCAUCGGUCAAGGUCAGAUUUAAUGACGUCCAUCACAGGGCUAAAGUUGGCAUUAUAUAGUUAUUCGAAUAGGGGAGUUAUAUGAACACCCAAAUAAACAAAGCCAUCGGGGGACCAGCGAAAUGGGAACGGGUCAGGGGCAUUUGGUAUGUUUUGUAGGGAACCCAGUGGCAUGGCUUCUAAUUUGGAGAAGUUAACUUUAAAACCCGAGAAGGAUCCAAACAAAGUGAUAACAUCCAUAACAGCUGGAACAGAGACAUCUGGUGUAGUUAAGAAUAAAAGAACAUCAUCGGCAUAUAAACUAAUCCUAUGUUCCCUCCCUCCAACAGCCACCCCAGAGAUCAUAGGCGACUGGCGUAUAGCCUGGGCAAACGGUUCAAUGGCGAUUAGUAAAGGGCUUAAAGGACAGCCUUGUCUAUUGGAGCACUGUAAAGGGAAGUUCCUAGACCUAAUGCCAUUAGUAAGAACCGCUGCUUGGGGUCAUUAUACAGAAUUUUAACCCAUUGAAUGAAAGUGUCGCCGAGGUCAAAAAUACUCAUAGUGUGAAAGAGGUACGGCCACUGGACCCUAUCGAAUGCCUUCUUGCUGUCGAGAGAGAGAGCACUAGCCCCGCUUCCUUUUGACUAUGCAUAUAUUGAAUAACAUUAAGAAGUCUCCUUACAUUGUCAGAGGAGUUGCAGCCCUUAAUAAACCCUGUUUGUUGAGGAUUAAUAAUAGUAGGGAGUACCUGUUCGAGACGUAGUGCCAGUAUUUUAGACAAUAAUUUUAAAUCAGCAUUUAGUAAUGCAAUUGGCCUAUAGGAGGCACAGUCCUCUGAGCACUUUCCCUUUUUGAGGAUUAGUGUGAUAUAUGCUUCCCUCGGAGACUGGGGGAGAAUCCCUGUUUCAAAUGAGUGGUUGAUCAUGGCCAAAUAAGGAUCGAUUAGUAAAUCUUGAAAUUUCUUAAAGAAUUCACAGCCAAAGCCGUCGGGUCCGGGACAUUUCCCGGAUUGAAGAUUUGUAAGGGCAUUGCGGAUCUCCUCCUUUGUAAUGGGAGCGUUUAGAAUGGCCCUCUGCUUGUCUGAAAUCACAGGGAGGUCAAUCCUAGAGAAAAAAUCAUCCAUUAUUCGGGAGGCAUCAUCACGUUGUUCUGAUCUGUAUAGGUUUUCAUAAAAAGCAGCAAACACAUCAUUAAUAGUUUGUGCCUCAUAAGUAAUAUUGCCAGUAGAGUCCUUAAUUGACACAAUAGUCUGUGAGGUUUCCUUCUUUUUAGCCAGAUAAGCCAAGUAUUUACCUGGUUUGUCCCCUGAUUCAUAUAAACGCUGUUUGGCAAAUUUAAGACUCUUAUUUGAUUGAAAGGAUAACAUAGAUUCAACAGCAAUACGAGAAAAAUUCACUUCUCUCAGGUUACCAGCAGAGGGAGACCUCAAAUAAUUCUGCUCUGCCUGUUGUAGCUUAUUUUCCACCUGUGUUUGUUGUAGAAGAAUUAUUAUCUUAAAACAAGGAAAAACAAAGACUCCAUUGAACACCUACUGUAAAACAUCUUGGCAUACAGUGUGCCAGUGUUUUUUCUCACCUGACGUGCUGUCGUUUUGAUGCCCAGCAGCCACAUCAUGCUUUUUUUUAAUUCUCCUAUUUGUCCAAAGAGGGACUUCAGUGUCGGACUGUGAACAAUAACCCAUCUUUAAAUCUUUUUUCUGUUUCUUUUAGGGUCAAAGUUUCCCAAAUUUUCCUGGUGAGAGAGGCUUGCCAGGGUUCCCAGGGCCAAAAGGGUCAGCAGGACCUUCAGGCUCAGUAGGGUCAAGUGUAGUGGGGGCUAUAGGACAGCGAGGGCCCCCUGGAGACAUUGGACCUUCAGGACCCAUUGGCUUUCCUGGGCCAAAAGGAGUAAACGGUCAGAUUUAAAAUUUGCACCUCCAGUCCAAAAGCUUACCACCACCUGUCUGACCUCCCCCUCUUCACAUUUGGCCCCUACCCUUACCGUCUGACCCCUUGUCCUGUAGGUGACACUCUGCCUUGCAUACCCAGAAACCCAGGUGCUCCAGGAGAGAAGGGGGACACCGGAAAUACAGGUAAAAGCACAUUUGUAAUAUCCACCUGUUCAUUAACCUGUUUUUCUGACUUCCAAUUCACCUUGCAUACCUAAUGGUCAUCUCAGGUUACACAGGACCCCGUGGGGCAGCAGGUUUUCCUGGUCUCACUGGACUUGAUGGAGCUAAAGGAGACAAAGGACAGUCUGGAUUUCUUGGACCACCAGGACGACAAGGCACCCCAGUUUACCUGUUAAACCUUAGCAACACCUGUCCUCCCCAUUACCUUUAACAUGCAAUUAUUCAUAACUUUACCUGUAAUCAUACCCUGUGUUACCUGCAGGACUUACUGGUGUUGUUGGGAACACUGGAGAGGAAGGACCUGAGGGCAUCAGUUAUAGUGGAGAUUCAGGUACAAUCACCUGACUGUUGGGUUCUUUAGAAAGGCAGCUGGACAACCAAAAAAGUACACUCUGACAACACACCAAUGUGUGACUUUUUCACUGGGACCCUGAUAUACUAAAUGAGCAUCAUGUGGCAUUGAAGAAGAGUAGAAAACAAAUUUUGAAACCCAAAAUGUGUAAGGAAAAUCUUGACAGAGGGAAUAAAUGAACUAAGAAGACAGUCCAUUUUCUCUGAGACUUCUCAGAUAAAAUAGACUAUACGUCAAACAUGAUAAAAAUCAACACAAUCAAAGAAACACUAUAUAUUUGAUUAGACUUCUAUCAGACUUCCUGUCUAUCAGACUACCAGUGGACUUGCCCCCUGCUUGGCAUUGAAAAGACUGCAGGGUCAAGACAAUCUUUGUGUCAGUGUUACUUCAAAAACAAGAAGCCUCAUCUGCUUUCCUUUUUGCAACAUUUUAAUAUUGAGUCGAGGAGAGAUUUGCUGAAAAACUGAGAGCAUGAAGUCAGUGGUAAAAAUGUGAAAAACUCUUCCAAACCAGUAAAAGACUAAAGAGUCACUAUCGGCUGUUUUACUGUGUGUGCCACCAGGUUCUCCGGGGCUUCCAGGCUCCCCUGGACUCAGGGGCCAUGCAGGGGACUCUAGUGUUGGGCCUUCAGGACCAAUUGGAUUCCCAGGGUCACGUGGGUCACAGGGGCCCAAAGGAGUCCCUGGCCCACCAGGGAAUGAUGGACUACAGGGUAACUUACUGGGUCAAAGAUUUAGGGAUGAAUUUAUAUGAUCUGAAUUGGGUAAGACGUGAACUUGUGCUAAGGGUUUAUGGACUCUGUAGAUUAGGGAUGUGUUGAUCUGUGUCAAGCUGUUAACUGUGGUUUACUGUGCCUACCUCCUGCGUUUAAAAAGGAGCCCUUGGUCUGUCUGGGAGCCCUGGAGCCAAGGGACAAAGAGGACAAGAUGGGGCUCCAGGUAUAACUGGUGCUGCAGGACCCCCAGCUCAAUAUUGUGAUACAGGAAAACCUGGCCCCAGAGGUCGUUUUGGCCCCCAGGGACCCAUUGGGCCACCAGGUAAAAGCUGGUUUUGAACACCUUACCUUACUUUACUGUGUAGUAUGUAUUUUAUUGUCUUUGUCAUUUCUUUUGUUUGUUUUAUCAAAUUUCUUCAUUCCACCUUAAAGUUGUUUGUCAACACUAGUAUUGACUAACAACCCUCACUGAUAUUACUGUGCAGGAUUUCAGGGGGAGAAAGGUGAGACAGGAGCUGAUGGAAUUCCAGGUUUUGGUCUCCAGGGCCCUGUAGGAAAACCUGGCAAUCCUGGUUUUCCAGGGUACCCAGGCCCACAAGGCCCCUCUGGACCAAAUGGAGAUCCAGGACUGCUUGGUCUUGGGGGUCAGAAAGGUGAGCUUCUUUCGCCAUUAUAUGCAUUAAAGAGUUUUAUAGUUGCAGGUUCACAAAAAUACUUAUGGUAUACUUCAGGUCUGAUGGGGCCCCCAGGCUUUGAUGGAGCACCGGGGUCCCCUGGACGGCCAGGGUGCCCUGGAGCCCUUGGAAGAAAAGGGGCAAGAGGGUUAAGUGGUCGAGAUGGAGCAAAAGGAUGUGAAGGCCCGAAAGGAGAGAAGGGUAAACACAGAGUACUGCGAGCAGCUUUCUAUAAACCAGUACUGUCCCUUGAAAUUUAUCCUUCUUUCUGAAUGUACCCCACAGGCUGUAAAGGGGUCCUGGGGCCUCCAGGAGAUACUAAGAUUAUUCCCAUCAAAGGAGAAAAGGGAAAACCUGGACCCCCAGGCCUCACUGGCUUUCCUGGACCACGAGGUCAGAGCUGUUACCAUAGAAACCUUUUUCAUUGCAUGAUGUCAAACAGAAGGUUAAAAGGUUAUGAUCUUUCACAUUAAUGAUAAGGUUAACCAGGUUAACUGAGCUGAGUCUAGUCUUAUUCGGUGUUAGACAAAGUCAUUUAUAUUGAGUUUGGUCAGUUUUAGUCUGCUUUUUUCUGGUCCACUUCAGUUAGAGUCAACAAUUAUCAUUUUAUAUCCAACCAGGAAGAGUCAUGUGGAGUUUAGUUGUGUCAAAAUAGUCCAGAGUGAGUUGGGACACAAUUAAAUUUGUGAAAGUACAACAACGGUCCAAUCUCUGUCUCCACAGGAAAUGAAGGUGCACAAGGAGCAACUGGUAAGCCUGGGUGUUCAGGCAAUGAUGGAUCCCCUGGGAUCACAGGUAUCCCAGGGCCCCCUGGACUAUACGGCAAACCGGGAUCUCCUGGACAACCUGGGCGUCCUGGACCCCGUGGACUUAUUGGCUUUCCAGGAGAGAAUGGAGAUCUAGUAAGAUUCAAAAAGCCUGAUAAACAAAGAUAAUACAGGUAGAUCCCUAACACAGAGGAUCUGGAAGUUUAUUAUAAAGUCAGUCAACAAGGAGAGGAACUGACCUCACAGAUGAAGCCUUUAACAAAGGUACAAAGUCUUUGAGGGACUCCGACCUCAGUUAUGUAUUUUCGUUGUUCUUUCUGUAAGUUUGGGGAAAAGGAGUUGUUGUAUGGUUCAAUUCAUUGACCUGGGGAGUUGUUUUGCUGAUGUUGGUGUGUUUACGUGCUUUAAUGGAUAAUCUUGAAGCAUUAUGGACACCACAGAGAACACUGUGUAUUUUACUGCUCAGAACAACUCAGAGUUUGAUCCAAAUUUCUUCUGAAGGGUUUGGUGGUUGGCUGAUUGGUUGGUUUGUGAAUUAAGUCACUCUGAGUCAUGCAAAGAACCAUCCAGUCAAAUCAAGCUCUGGGGGAGCCAAGUCUAGUGGAGAUGAGUUAGAUGGAGUUCAGAUUCAGCCGUGCUGAUUUGAUUUGAUUCGAAAGAGGUUGUGUCAAGACAGGCUGAGCCUGGUCAAGUUAAAGUAAGUCAGGUCGAGUCAAGAAAGGUCAAGCGAUACCAAUAGGUCAGAUAGUGGUAGCUCUAGUUGUGCCAGUUAUGCAGGGGAAGAGAAGAUGAGACAAAUUCUGUGUGAGUAUAGAAAGGCUAAGUCUUGAAGAGACAGGCCUGUUUAUGUUAAACUAAGUGGAAUCUAGUAAGGGUCAGUCAAGGCAGGUCCAGUUGGGUCAUGGCAAGUCCAGAUGGAUGAAUUUUAGGUGAUUGGAAUCAAUUAAAGAAAGGCACGGGUAAGUCAAAAGGCGCUGAAUCGAAUUGUGCUGAGUUGAGUUGGGUUGAGUGAGGCUUUGUCGAGUUUGUCCUUUUGUUUAAGAUCAUGAAGAGGUCUGAAAAGAAGAGCAGUUAGCUUUGAACCCAAGAAAUAGAACUUUGGCAUUGUUUGUUUUGUGGGAAAUAUUAAUCUGUUCUUGUUUGUGAUUUCAGGGUGAUACAGGGUGUCCUGGGCAACCUGGGAUACCUGGUGCCCAAGGCUGUACUGGGCCCAAAGGUAACUAUCUACCAAAACCCCACCACCAGUGCUCAGGAGGUUUAUUUGAAUAGUGACCAAUUUUAUUUUCCAUUCAUUAAAUACAGGUGAUAAAGGAGACUCUAUUAGUAUUCCUGGUCCACCUGGAGACAAGGGGCCUCCUGGAGACUACGGAACACCAGGUGAUGAUCAGGCCUUAAUUCUGUGAAGUUUUACAUCCAGGAGAAACAAAAUGAAUGUUAUCAGCCGAUUGAAGCUGAAGAUACAACCAAUAGAAUAACACUUGAAUCUGUUGGUUUUAUUCAUCUGUCAGGACCACCAGGACCUCGAGGAGACACUGGUGCACCAGGUUUUAUUGGGGGUCCAGGACAGAAAGGAUGCAAAGGAGAUCCAGGUGAUCAGGGUGACCCAGGUCCACAAGGUAAAGAAGUUGAUUGCACUCAUGGGCUGUAAAGAUAUAGUGUCAGUUACAUCUAACAUAAUAUAAUGAGAACAAUAAUAAUACAUUUAUUUGUAAAGCACUUUUGAAAACAGAUGUAUACAAAGUACUUUGACCGAAAGUGAAGGAGCACAAGAGCUUCAGCACAAAACUAAAAACAAGAAGAUCAAAUGCCUCAGAAGUUGAAGACCAUUUUCAUAUCUCAUAAGAAACCCAGAUGGUACAAGAACCAUGCAACAUAAAAUGAGACCAUAAGGACCGAAAUAAAAGAUGAAGACAUACGUAGGAAAAAGAAAAUUCAAUUAAAAAAGGGAGUUGAAGGCAGAAAACAGGAUAGAAAAUAUAAAAAGACUUGUUAAUAAUGAUAAUAACAUAAAAAUAAAACAGUAAUGAUGAUAUAGUUAUGAUAAGAUUGAAUAACACAAAUGAGCAAGAGAUAGAUAAAUAAAACAUCAAAAGCAUAAAAGGUUACUUAAUAAAAGAUUAAAAGUGUAACAAAAGCUAAAAUAGACAGUAAAACCAAAAUAAGAGAAAAAGAUAAAGGAUGGCAUCACAUAAAGGCAAGUCUGUAAAAGUGAGUUUUUAAGAUUGACUUAAAAUAAGGGACUAACUCUCCACACCUUAUCUUCUCUGGCAGGUCAUCCAAAGUCGAGGAGCUCUGAUAGAGAAAGCUCUAUCACCUUUAGUUUUGAGCCUCGACUUUGGAACGACGAGGAGGCCUUUGCCAGAGGAUUUGAGGCUGCGAGCUGGCUCAUAAGGCAUUUAAAGCUCUGAGAUGUAGCUUAGAGCAAGUCCCUUGAGUGCUUUAAAAGUAAUUAAUAAAAUCUUAAAAUCAAUUCCAAAAUUGACAGGAAAAGCAGUUAAAGGCCUAGCUGCUGCAUUCUGAACUAGUUGGAGGUGGGAGAGUGAUUUGUUAUUUAGACCUGGGAGGAGAGAGUUACAGUAGUCCAGCCUUGAGAAAAUGAAAGCGUGGAUUAUCCUUUCAAGAUUUGGUGGGGUGAGUAUUUGUUUAAUUUUUUAAAAUUGUAUGCAGUUGAAAGAAACAGGACUGGAUAAUUUUAUUGCUAUGGGUGGAGAAGGUGAGGUCAGAGUCAAAAGUUACUUUAAGAUUUCUGGCUGUUGGUUUGAUGAUUACUGAGACAAGACUGUAUGAGAGGGGGGAUUUUGUAUAUUACAGAGAAUUAUUUCAGAUUUUCAAUAACUUAGUUGAAGGAAAUUUUCUGCCAUUGAUGUCCUUUAAUAUCACUAAGACAGUCCAUGACAGCAGCUCGGCCUUUUGGGUCCUCAAGUCUCAAAGGAAGUAGAAGUAGAGGAGGUGUGAUUGCCUAUGGUGACCGCAAAGGUUUGUUCUAAAAGAUACGACUGAAACCAGCCAAGUGCAUUGCCCCUGAUACCCCUCCAGUUUUUAAGAUGUUCAAUUAAAGUAGCAUGAUCAACUGUAUCAAAAGCUGCACUGAGAUCUAAAAGAAAUAAAAUUGAGCCCUCCCCUCUAUCUGCUGCUAAAAGAAGGUCAUUGGUCACACAGAGGAGGGCAGUCCCAGUGCUGUGACCUGCUCUAAAAUUAGACUGAAAAAUCUCAAAGAUGUUGUUUUCAGACAAAAAUCAUAAAAGCUGUUUAGAAACCACCUUCUCUAAAAGUUUGGAUGAAAAUUGAAAUUUUGAAAUCGGUCUGAAAUUGUUGAAAUCAGAGGGGUCAAGGUUCAGUUUCUUUUAAAGGGGUUGGACCACAGCGUGUUUAAAAGCAGAGGGAAAUACUCCCUCUACCAGACAGCUAUUAAUAAUGGAUAAAAUGCUGGGCCCAACCAGGUUAACAACCUCUUUGAGAAAUCUAGUGGGGAUAAAAUCAAGACUGCACGUAGCUGGUUUCAUGUGGACUAAAAUAUCAGAUAAAAAGGGUAAGGACACCGGCUCAAAACUACUAAAAUAAUGCAGAUCCUUGCAGUGGAAUCAACCUCUGCUAUGUUUGAUGUAAACAGACUGACCUGACAUGUAAGAACCACUCUUCUCUGUAAUCACAUGGGUGUUUGGGUGCUCUGCAGAAGAGAUACAAAUAUUCAAAUUAAGCAAGUCAUUCGCGUGAAUUAAGCAACAACAACACCUGCAGAAAGUUAAAAAAAAAAAAAAAAAACACCUAACAAAAAAAUGGUCUUAUUAAAAUCAAGAGAUGGGAGUCUGGAUAAAAUUCACCCCUUAUCAUAGGGAAAGGAGACCAAAUCGGUUUUUGUACCAGGCUCAGUCCUCUAUGAAAAUAGACAUUUGAAAAUGUGCUUGUAUUGGGUUCCUUGGUUUUCUGGGACAGCCUCUAGUGGACACAAGAGGUACUGCAGUUUUUGGGGCUACUGCACAGGCUGUAAUGCAGAGGAGAUGCUGUUGACUGAACUGGCUAAAUUUUAUUUUAGUGUUUUCUUAAUCACCUGUCACAUCCAGCAGGACCGAAUUUGGACCCUCAAAUGGAAUAGACCAUGAUCCUGUUUGUCUGCUGUCUGGUUUAUUUCAGGUGUGAUUGGACCCCCAGGUCCCAGAGGGCGCCCAGGUUUGACAGGUCUUCCUGGUAAAGCAGGGGCUGAUGGUCCUGCAGGACCACAGGGUUGCCAGGGACUCCAAGGUCAGAAGUUACUGUAGUUUUUCUCAUUGUUUCAUGAGACAAUACUGUUUAGAGGGACUGAAGUGUCCAGAUAAUAAGCCUUGUCCCAGUUUUGAUCAUAUUGUGUUGGCAUGUGCACACUGACCUUGUGUCUUCGGAAAAUACUGUUUUACUGGUACAUUUUUUUUGUAUUCAUGAAUGAUUUUGUUGAAUCAGGUCCUCCUGGACCUCUGGGACUUCAUGGUCUGGACGGACUAAAAGGAGUGAAGGGGGACAUGGGGACCAGAGGUAUAACUCCCCGGACUUAUUAACCUUAGGGGGGGGGCUUGUGUGCUCAUAGACUGUAGUCUGCAUGGUCUGUCAGAUCGGGGCCAUACAGAGGAGGCUUUCCAUCAGAUGUAGCAUGGCUGAACUUGGCUGAACUUUAGAGCCCCUGACCCUUCAGUUUUGAUUUUUUAUUAGUUUUUGAAAUCUUGAAACAUUUGAAAUGUUAAGCUUUAGCUUCACUAAGUGCAUCUGUUUCUCUCUUCAGGUUUAGGUGUCCAAGGUCCUCCAGGUGCUACAGGACUGCCAGGGGAUAAAGGUCCUCCAGGACCUCCAGGACCAUUUGGCACAUCCCAGCCUGGCCCUCAAGGACCCAAAGGUCUACCAGGAUCCAAAGGUCUGUUGUAAUGUCGGUCCCAUCAGGGUCUGUGUGUUUACCCUCUAAUCCAUCUGAAAGCAAGACUUUCUAUGGCUCCUGUCAAUGAGGUGUCUCUUUGCAUUAUUGUAGGACCCCCAGGUGGUCUGGGACCUCCAGGGAAACCUGGGCCAGACUGUAAAGGUCCAGUCCCCGGGCCCCGUGGAGAUUCUGGAUGUGCCGGACCUGACGGUGACCCAGGUCAGACUUUGGCUGUAUGGUGGAGGAAUUUUUCCAGAUAAACCUCUCUUGAUGACCUCUGACAUUUGUUUGAUGUUUCAGGGGCCCCUGGUGAAAUGGGAGAUCCAGGUCCAAACCCUCCAGUGCCUGGGGAUGAUGGAGACAAUGGGGACACAGGAUGCAGGGGUCCUCAGGGUCCACAGGGACCUUUAGGGCCUGAGGGAUUUCCUGGCAGCCCUGGAAGUCCUGGAGUGAAAGGUCAGUUUUCCUCUGUCUCUGAGGCUAUUUAAACUGUGGAGCGCACACAAAGAUCCUGCAACACCGGAGACAUCAGGUACAAAUGUGGGGCAUGUGUGGCUCAGGGGGUUGGAUCCAAGCCGCCGCAGUCACUUAUUGCAGUGUCCUUGAGCAAGACACAGAGCCUCAAAGUGUGACAGUCAGUGUGUGAAUGUUUAAAUGAGAUUAGCCAAUGGGCCGUGCCUUACCAGUCCCAGCCAUCUGUGUGUGAAAAGGGUGUGAAUGGGUGAAUGUGGUGUGGGUGGCACCUGCAUGAUCACUGCUAUACGUAGAUAAUAAUGGAAUGAUCUGAAGAAGCGCAAAUGUCCUUUUCAUAGAUAAGCAAACAAGUGUCUGCCUGUAUAUGAACAGGUAUACGAGGGUCGCCAGGUCUGAUGGGACUGCCUGGUAAUCAGGGUCCUCAAGGUUGUGCUGGUCCUAAUGGGCCUCCUGGACCAAAAGGAUUUUUUGGACCUGUGGGCCCCAAAGGGGAAAAAGGACGAGUCUCCGCUUGCCCUACACUCCCUCCAGCCCCACCAGGACCCUCAGGACCUCCUGGCCCCCUCGGUCCACCUGGAGAUCCUGGCAUCCAGGGAGAAAUUGGCCCACAGGGACUCAAAGGUAAGAAAAGAGGAGUGGACAAGUACCUGUCAGGUGUCUCCACUUUGAUAAGAGGAGCUAAGUCAAUCCAGGAGAAUCAAACCAGGUCCAGCUCAGGCUAUGUCUUGUCUGGUAAGAAUGAUCAGUUACACUCUCUGCUACUCAAGCGUAAGACAGCUCUGAUGUGUUCCAGGUAAAAAGGGGGACUUUGGGCCUGUGGGACUGAUUGGCCAAGUAGGACCCCCAGGUUCAGAGGGAGACCGAGGAGGACCAGGCCUGCCUGGGGAGAGUGGAGUAAUAGGAGACAAAGGUGGACACUCCCCCUUUUUUGUCUGUCUGUUUUCAAUUCUCAGUUUUUAUUUCUGUGAUCCUUGGACAUUACUGAUCCAGGGUCGAACUGAAUUUAGUGUUUUUUGUGUAUCCUCUUUGUUGUCUAAUCAAACAAUUUGUGGUCUUUGUGUCCCAGGUGAUCCUGGUCCGGUAGGUGAUCCGGGUCAGCCUGGACCGAACAGAAAGCUGAACUCAGGCUUCCUGCUAGUGAUGCACAGCCAAUCAACGACGAUCCCUGCGUGUCCUCUGAGCAUGAGGGUGCUGUGGGUGGGCUACAGUCUGCUGUAUCUGGAGGGUCAGGAGAAGGCCCACACUCAGGACCUGGGUACUCACCCACAAAUACACUUAAGUUUCCAAACCAUUUGCCUGUUUAACUGUCACACAGUUUGGUUUAAAUGGGAUCAGGUGUCCUCACAUCCUGUAUCUUAUCACAGCAGGUAUCUUGGAGGUCAUUUAGUCUACCUAGAAAGUGAAUAUUGAAUAGUGUUAGUUCAGGCAGGCCACAAAGGUCAAGGCCAGUCCAAAGCACAUCAGCGGAUCUUCCCACCAGCCCAUAUCAGCUGACAGCCCAGCUGGUUACCUUUGAAACAUCUAAUUGUACAUGUCAAAGUAGUUUUAUCUUAACACCUUCAGCCUGCAUACUCCACCUGUUCCUACUGCAAACAGCUUUUCAAUCUGUCUCCAGCCCAGGUUCUCCUUUUAAUGCUGAGUGUGAUUUUACCAGAGGCUUGUGGUUUGACACUGAUGCUGCUCUGUUGUGUACCCCUGGGGUUUUGCUGAUGCUCUCCCUGCCUGGGCUUUUUAUGUAUGUGCAUAAAACUCAGAGUAGUGUGUUCUACCUGCCUCAGGGCUUGAUACUAUAUAUAAGCUCCCAGAAUAGAGCCAUACCACCAAGUAUAACUCAGUGCAUGUAAAUAAUCAAUUCUCUUCGAUGAGGUUGCGACUGAAUUACUGUUUUGGUUGAGAUGUUUGCAGCAGGAUGACCCAGCAGUUGCAAUCAGGGUGAGACAGUGUUUCCAGGGAGCAGAUACUUUCACAGUUCGUCAGCUUCAUGCAGACUCAGGAAACAAACUCCAGGGUCACAUGCUGAUGGUUUUGCAUUACUACAGCUAUCACUAAGAAUGUUUUCUAUUGAUGCAAAUACUGUCCACACAUGUUAGCUCUGUUUGUUCUUUUCAUUUCUGUAUACACUUAAAUACCACCCAUUUAUACUGUGGCCCUGAAGGUCAGCAAUGCAAACUUCUUAUGACACACAAAUCUUUCAUCAUCUUUCGAGGUAAAAAUUAGGCAAAAUAUUUAAUGAAAUGUAAUGCAGACAAAAAAGGUUCUCUUGAAUAGUUUUAUGUUUUAUGAAAUGUUUUGUGAGUCAUGAAACAUGAUAGCUUAAUUUUUUGUGAGUUUCGAGAAAUAUUUUUGCAUAUUUUUGUUUUUAAUUGAUACUUCUGCCAUGAUGAAAUGUUUGUGCAGCUGAUCUUUUUGGCCACUGUAUAUUAAAUAUCAGUUUAAGGGUGAUGUUUUGUUUUUUUUAAUCUAAAAUGAAAACCAUUCUUUUAUUAGCAGCCUAUUUUUUUAAUUGAGCUCAAACAUCCUCCCUAAACUGCACGGGGCCCAGAGGGAAAAAUCACAUUCAACAUUCAGACUAAAUCUGUUUGUUUUGAUGUUUCCUCCAGGUCAGGCGGGCUCAUGUAUGCCUGUGUUCUCCACCAUGCCAUUCUCUUCCUGUAAUAUGGGGAGCUGUUCCUACGCCAGCCGAAACGACAAAUCGUAUUGGCUGUCCACAACAGCAGCAGUCCCCAGUAUUCCAGUGGGCGGAACCUCCAUUGAGGAUCACAUCAGCCGCUGUGUGGUUUGUGAGGCCCCCUCCUCACCUGUUGCACUGCACAGCCAGACCUCUGACCAGCCGGACUGCCCCCCCUACUGGAGGAGCCUGUGGACAGGAUACUCCUUCCUUAUGGUGGGUACUACAACGUAGGAGGUUAAUCUAAUGAAGUGCAGUUUUAUGGUGCAUUCACAUCAAACACGAAUAAAGUCAUUCACACAAGUGAAUUACAUGAAAAGUCAGUGUAACAAUGCGAUUAGAUUAUGCGAAUCACAUAAAUGGCGCAAAUUAAGUGGACUAUUACUUUAUUCGCUGGUUCGUGACCGUUGAAAAAUCUGAAUUCAAAGGACUGUUGGUGCUGCAAUUGCAAUAGCUUUUUUGCUGUUUCUGUACUUUGCUUUUAUAGCUGUAUUAACUUGGACACAAGAAAAACAAAAACCCUGGUUUUAAAAAUGGUAGAAUUAUCCUUUAAAAAUAUAUUUUUGCCUAAAUACACUGUGGACCUGAUCUACAAACGGUUUGCGUGUAUAAAAACACAUGCAAACUUGAUAGUGUGCGCAAAGCUGAUCUACUAACCAGGUGCACCGAGGAUUGCAUCUGUCAAGUGAGCAAAACAGCAUGGGCAAUCCAUUUAGCAUGUUUGCCUUCAUGAAUAUGCAGAAUGUAUGCAGAUUAUCAGAACACACAAAAUACCAGGAGAAGUAGAUGCAGAUGGGAUCAUUCAGUUUCCACAAUGUGAUUGCGGUCGCUGUUUUUGCAUCCAUAUUUAGCACAUUGGAGAGGCAUACAAACUGGAACAGCGUUACGCACGGUCAUUGUGGGAGGAAGAAGACAAAUGUGCAAUGAUAGACGAUGACACUGCAUUUUCCUGCGUCUAGAUUAUUCCAGCCCACCAUCCAUAGACUGUAUAUAAAAUGGACGCCAUCUGCCUCCUCGCUGGGUAAACUCUUCCAAGAACAGCACCCUGGUGACAGGCUGCAGUAUAGGUCAUAACCCCCCCCCUCCCCCCCCCCAUCCCCUGUUUGUCUUAUUGAUUUUAAAUUGUUUAAUCUUUUUUCAUUUCAUUUCUAGUAUAUGUCCUUGCAUCUGUAAAGCACUUUGAAUUGUCUUGUGUAUGAAUGGUGCCAUCCAGAUAAGCCUGCCUUGCUUUUUAUGUAGUUGCUGGCUUCCCAAAAAUGAUAUGUGCAACUCCAUGGCUUCAAACGUCCUUUUUCAUCCACAACUACUCCGCUCUCACAAACUCUCCAUGUUGACAGCCUGUAGUGCACGCAAAUCCUUGUUUAAAGAGAGCAGUCCGCACCACUUUUGCACCUGUCAUUAACUGUGCACACAAAUAUAGUACAUCACCCACAACACUCAUAAAUAGCACAUGCAAUUUUUUAGUUUGCAGGCAAUUUAGCAUUUGUUAUUUGGGAUCUUAGUAGAUCAGGACCUUUAAGUACCACUGAUACCAGGUAAAAUUUUGCAGGUACAACUUAAAGAGCUGCUCCUUUCUCGUACUUAAACCUGGACUGGACUUAGUCGGACUAAUGAUGCCACUUCCUGUGUGUGUUGCAGCAUACAGGCGCAGGUGACGAGGGUGGUGGUCAGUCUCUGACAUCAUCGGGUAGCUGUCUAACAGACUUCAGGGCCCAGCCCUUUGUGGAGUGUCAGGGCCCCCGGGGAACCUGCCACUACUUCGCCAAUAUCUAUAGCUUCUGGCUGACCCGGGUGGAGACGACCACCUCCACCUCCAAUAGCUCCCCCACCACACUGACCGAGGGCUGGCAGCAGAGGGAGAGCAUCGGGAGGUGCAAUGUCUGCAUGAGGGAGUGAGAAUGAGCAGAAACACGUCCUCCUGCAGAGUCUGAGAGGACAGACGGAACAAAAAAUGUUUGUCUGUGAGGAGAGAGAGUCCUAUCACGAUGAUGCUGCCGUUCAAUCAAUCAACCAGCUGACCAAUCAAUUCACAGAUCAAUCUACCAAUUAUUCAUGUUCAGAUCACCAGGAGAGCCUCAGAGUAGCAAAAGUUUUAUUUUCUGUUUUCAGCAUACGUCACAGUUCAAACUGGGAAUGAUAGUUUUUAUCUUUGUCUGUCAAACUGGUGUCAUGAUUUAUCUUAUGAUGAAAGGGGCUCUGCAUGAAACAUGAACUUAAAAAUGUCUUUCGACCAGCAUCUGAAACUGCAGAUGGAAACUGUCGCCUCACACCCGUACUGAGGAAGUAAACAUCAAGUUUUCUUGUUUUCUUGCCUCUGAUUGUUGUCUGUGGAUUAUCCCCCUGUUGGCUGAGAUGUUCAACCACAGAGAAUGCUGGUGGUCUGUUGGGAAUCACCUUGUUUGUUAUACAGUGGUGAAUAACCUGAAAUUCCAGGGGACCCAUGAUAGAACCCUGCGGAACACCAUAUAGGUUUUUGACUCUGUUUCUGUGAGGAUCAUGCUGCUGUGAGUUUGCUGGUGCAGGACAAGCACUGACCAACCGUUAUACCAGCUUUUUAGUAUGACUGCAACUCUGUCAGUCAAACUACUCUGCACCGGCAGUGGAAAAAACAUGAAUUUGCUAAGAAACAAUAGGGCGCAGAGUUAGUACCUAACAGUCAAGAAAAAUUCAAACAAGAAUUUGAAUUCUGGCUUGCAGAGAGACCUGAUGAACCAUGCGUUGGAACCUUUUUUAAAUAAGUAUCCUGGUGUAGUUUUUCAGCGUCCUUUCAGCCUGUUUGUCAUUAAAUCAGUCAAAUCUGUUGAUUUUUGGCCUCAAAGUGCUGCUGUCAGACAGAUUUCAGCUGAUGUUAGUGUGAAUUACAUACAGUGAAAAUGAGACUCAGUGGAGACAGAUGGACUAGCACUCUACAGCUAGUUGCAUGUCCAGUAUUAACAGUGUCCAGUAUUUUUUCGUGAAAAGUGUCCUAAACAUUUUUUUGUACCUGGCUGUAAAGUGUGACUCUUUAACAUGAGACUUUGUGGGGACUGAUUCACUCAAAGACAGCCUCUUGUGAGCAGUAAAGGACCUGCUUUUCAACACCACAGGAUGCCAUUUGGUAACACGCUGACAUGCCAUAAUUUUUUAUAUUUUCCUUGUGAAAAUGGCUUUAAUUCACACCAUGAACACAUUUGUUAAAAUUGUAAAAAAAAUAGUCGUUUUUUUUUAAAUAUUUGUCCAAAUAUAAAGUACAGAACUGAGCUGCCAUCUUUUGAAAAAGCUAAUUCCAUUCUUUACUCAGUUAUUUCAUCUUGUUUUCUCAUCAAUAUUCAUCCCAGAGAUCAUUGAACCUUAGUUUGAACCAGUCCUGAUGUGACAUUUGCUGAAUUUAUCAGAAGAGGAAACUUACAAUUUCCUUUAUUUUCAGGUUAAUGUUUUUAAUUCUUAAUGUCUAGCUCCAAAUCAUAACGUUAAUAUGAAUUAAUCAAAUAACAUUUGAUACAGCAGUUUUAACAGUAAAUUGAACAGUAAAAUCAUAAUGUUAAAUUAGCACUGAUGUAAUAAUCUGAUUGGCUAGCAGCAUCAUUGUGUCUUUUUCACCUCACCUGACCAACAAUACAAAGCACCUAAGUGGACAGAAACCCCGCCUUCUGCCGAGCCCAUUGCCCAACCAGAACUGCACUGAGUAUGGUUCUGAAAGGACGGCUGAAAACGCAUUCUGAUUGGUCAGCUGAGAGGCAGCGACUGUGUGAUUGGUCGGACACUUAAGGAGGGGCAGAAUCGUGUGAGAAGCUGUGAAUAUAUUUGACAUUAAACCUUGAAACAUGUUUUUUGUUCCAGUUUUCUUUGGCGUGUUUAGAGCGCCCCCUUCUGCUCGCCUGAGUUAAUGUUCUUUAUCAAUGUUAAAAGCUUCAGUGUAAAACAGAGAGUCACAGUCACACUUGAGCAAAGUCAGGAUUCAACUUUAGGUUCUUUCAACACAGACAAGAGGUAACAUUCUGUCCUGUUACUCAAAGCACGUAUCCAGAACCAGGACCAGGACUUAAUGAGGACUGCCUCAGAUCCAGACAUUGUGUUUUAUCUUCCUAAUUGUUGAUUAACUGAUUCAGUUUAAUCUGUCGUCCUUAUGUUAUGAAUAAAGUUGGCCUGAAUAUCACUCUGUCUGGACAUUUCAUAUCGGUACAAACUUCAGAACUGCGGCUGCAGGUUCAACAAAAAAUCAACUGCAUUAACUGCUUAAAUGCUGUUUUUUCAUUUAGAACAUUUCUUGUCACUUUACAGGAAAAUAUGGUGUCAAGAGAAGGUGGAGAUUUUGUGUUACUUUCCAUCUACUUUGAGUCCAGUUUUGGACCUGGUACAGGUUCUGCUUCUGGUCCUUUUUUUCUCUCUGUAAUUUGUAAAUAAGUUUGAACUCCACCGUUUUAUAUUUUUACUGUAAAUGUCAUCAGAGUAUUUAUUUAGCCUGGAAUUACUGUUGGUGCUAUUUGAUGUUUCUUUUAUUUCUUUUGUCUUUUUUCUUAAUUUUGUUUUGAUAAAUGACAUCACAGUGUGGCCCCACCCCUUUCUUUGACUCCUUCAAAAUAAAUUAAACAAAUUCAAACUCUCCCAUCAAUGUUUUGAGGACAGUUCUUUGUUAAAUUUUUAACCUGGAACUAUAUGAAUAUGUGAUUGAAAUGUCAUUUCUGAGAGCAGCUCGAACAGAUUGACGAGCAAUGCCCCUUGACCACAACCUGUAUUAUGUCAUAACCUGCAACAUUAGCAGUCUAUUUCAUCUGCAGAAUUUGUUCAAAAGUGAAAUGACUCAAGUUUUUUGUUCUUCCUCUUAAGAGACUGAGUUUAUGCAAUGGAUGUGUGCUCUGUUGUCUAAAAUGUAAACUCCCAUAAUGCAUUGCUUUAGGCUAAUGUGUUGAGUUCAGGGCACCAGUACAUUCUUGGAAUUGUUAGUUCCAAGGCUGAGAGUGUUAAAAAUAAUGAUCCAACUGAGGAAAGGGAGGGAGUUCACUGUGUUGUUCUUGUGUUUAUUUUUCAGUGUAUUCAAAAUGUCUGUGAUAUUUUAAUCUCUGUAGGAGGAAACUUUUCACUAACACUUGUGAAACAUUUUAUUCUCUGUGGACAGACAACUUCAAUAAAAUGCAUC